CUUGACUGAGAAUCUGAAAUCAGGCAUCAUUCUCUAAUAUUGUCACAUGAUGUCUACAGCCAGUUCAUAACCAGGAGGGAUGGGAGGCCUUGAUUUCUAUCUGCUCCAGCUGUGAGCUGCACAGCUCUUAUUUAAAGGAGGUGUGAGGAGUCCUACGCAUUGAAUUAGUUUGUCAGAAUGAAGAAGGAUCUGGUAUUGGGAGGGCUGGUGCUGCUCAGCCUUUGGCUGAUCUCAGGAAUCCAGGCUGUAAAACGUGAGUAUCUUGGAGUCAUGUGAGGGGAGAGUUAUCAAAGCAAAACAUUCUGUUUAGGUGCAAAGUGCUAAAUGUUGAGACAAUACUGAUUUAGUCUAUUCUCUUUGCAGUUUAAUAGCAACUGUUUUUUGUUUACUUUGAUAAAUAAUCCCUGAAUGGUGGUGUAUAAAAUAUGCAAUUUAUGUUUUGGUCAUCUUAUUACAAUUUGGAAAGGGGUUAUAUUUACUCUCCAUUUGAAACCUCCUUAAGUGUCCCUAUUUAGGCGUGAGUCAUUAUUUUAUUUGCCCAAGUACCUCUUCCUUCUCCUAAUGCAACUUUAAAAAAAAAAAAAAAAGUUCUGAUGCCUUAUUGUAAAUGUCUGUAACUGCGUUCAACAGCAAUGUCUAUUUAAACUACAAUAAGUGUUUGGAACUCAGUCUCUCUACACUAGACAAACUGUUAGUUUACUUGCCUAUAAUUUCUCAAUACACUGUUGUUCACACCCUGACAUAAGUGUCCCUCUCUGCCCGUUUCGAAUGCUAUGAACUCUUUACAAUACUAAGUACUCUAAGUGGUGUUAGUGAUUAUUUAAUGGUUAUAUUACGAACUACCCUAUGUUUAGCAUCAUUACAGCACUAGCCAUGAUACAAGCUUCUUUGGGGGUUAUUGGACAAUCCUUGUUACUUACAGGUGGCGUUGCCAGGACUGCCAUGAUUCCUGGACAUAUCAUUCCUAGGCUAUUUGGCACCACCUAAAAAAAUACUGGCCUUCUACAUAUAACCGUUAUGUGCUAGUUAGUAAGUGGAAGUCACGCAAUAUAAACAGUUUGGAAAGGGUAAUAAAAAUAAAUUUCCAUUCUACAAGGCAGGCUGCAAGUGAAGUGGUCUAUCCGUGUGUCGGUUUUUAACUCCCAGUAACUGCCUGGAAGUUGUGGUGGUAACAGCCCUUAUGGAAUGCUACUUCCACAACAUCUAGCCAAAGCAGUGUUAGCACUAUCAGGAUUCCCAGCAUUUCACACUUUUUUUUUUUUUUUUUUAAAGUUAAACUUCAAUUGUAAGGCCAAAAUAGUUGAACUGGAAAAUACUAAAUAAGCUGUGCUUACCAUUCAUCUUCUGAUUAAAACUACACAAUUCUUACUCUAGUGAAUAACUGAAAGUAUUUAGAAAAUUUCAUUUAUAAAAUAUUUUACCAGGAAAGAUGCAUUGAGAUUUCUCUCAUUUUCAAGUAUGUCCUGGGUCCACAAAUAAUUGCAUUGUUACAAUUAGGGUACAAUAAAAUACAAAAACAAUAUUAAUACACAAUAAAUAUAUAAUCAACCAUGACAGGUGCAUUCUGUUUUUGAGGUAUGUAGAGAGGGAUCUCUUAAAGGAUUUUAGGCUUGGGGGAGAUUUUAAAUUGUGCGUGAGGCCACGAUUGCGGUGCUCUGUAGGAGAAGGAGGAUCGGGCUGCUUUCUUUUUGUAUUGAGGUAGACUAAAGUGUUGGUAUUGGAUCGGAGCUUAUAGUAGGUGGGAACAGCUGAAGAAAGCAUCGUGUUCAGGUAGGAUGGGAGUUUCCCAGAAAAGCUCUUAAACACAAGGCUGGAAAGAUGAAGGGUGCAUCUGGAUUCCAGCGACAGCCAGUUUAGUUCUUUUAGCAUGUCACAAUAGUGAGUCCUGUAAUUACAUUGUAGCACAAAUCGGCAGAACAAGUUAUACAAUGUAUUAAGUUUAUUAAUGUGGGAUUGCGAUGCAGAUGCAUAUACUACAUCCCCAUAAUCCAUGAUUGGCAUCAGCAUUUGCAGUACAAUCUAUCCAAAACUAGGUGCCCUAUACAGAAACAAAUCCUGCCUAAGCCCUACAGUAAAGGAAGAAAGUUUAGAUGCAAGCUUUUCUAUGUGCAGGCCAAAAUAUAGAUUGGGGUCUAUCAUCAUGUAUUUGAAAGAGUGGACUGCGGUCAGUGUGCCAUUUGAAUUUGUUUUGAUGGAUAGGUGGGAAUUGUGUAAUUUAGGUACUGUUACAAAGAUCAUUGUGACAGUUUUGUCAGUGUUUAGAAAGAGUUUGUUUUUUGUGAUCCACUUUUCUACCUCUGUAAACUGGUCUUGGAGCACAGCCUCAAGCUGCGGUAGAUUGGCAUUGCUCGCAUAGAUUACCGUGUCAUCUGCAUACAUGUGUACAUUUGAGGAUUUGCAGACAUUAGGCAGAUUAGUUACAUAGCUGAAAAGAGACUUGCGUCCCUCAAGUUCUACCUUCCUCACAUUUGUUUUUUGCUGUUGAUCCAAAAGAAGGCAAAAAACCCAGUUUGAAGUACAAUUUUGCAACAAGCUAGGAAAAAAAUUCCUUCUUGACCCCAGAAUGGCAGUCAGAUUUAUCCUUGGAUCAAGCAGUUAUUACCCUACAUUGAAAGAUUAUAUCCUUGAAUAUUCUGUUUUUGCAAGUAUGCAUCUAGUAGCUGUUUGAACAUCUGUAUGGACUCUGAUAAAACCACUUCAGGCAGAGAAUUCAACAUCCUGAUUGUUCUUACAGUAAAAAAAAACCUUUCCUUUGCCUUAGAUGAAAUCUUUCUUCCAGUUUAAACGCAUUGCCUCGUGUCCUAUGUAAAGUCCGGUUUGUGAAUAGAUUUCCACGCAAUGGUUUGUAUUGGCCCCGAAUAUAUUUGUAUAAUGUUAUCAUAUCCCCUCUCAGGCAACGUUUUUCUAAACUAAAUAGGUUUAAAUUUGUUAACCUUUCUUCAUAGCUAAAAUGUUCCAUUCCUUUUAUUAAUUUUGUAGCCCGCCUCUGCGCUUUUUCUAGUGCCAUUAAUAUCCUUUAGAACAGGUGUACAAAAUUGCACAGCAUAUUCAAUAUGUGGUCUUACCAGUGAUUUAUAAAGAGGCAAAAUGAUAUUCUCAUCCUGAGAAUGAAUGCCCUUUUUCAUGCAUGACAAUACCUUACUGGCCUUGGCCACUGCUGAUUGACAUUGCACAUUGUUGCAUAGUUUGUUGUCUAUAACAAUUUCCAAGUCCUUUUCGUGUGUUAUCCAGAUCAUUUAUAAAUAAUGUAAAUAGUAGGGGGCUGAGAAUGGAACCUUGGAACACCACACGUGACUGGGAGAGGGAGGGAGUCGCUGUCAGAAAUGGACACAUAUUGCGAGCGAUCCGAUACAUCUGAUCGAAACCAGUUUAGCGAACGAUCACCAAUACCUGAGUUUGAGUUUGUGCAGUAGAAUGUCAUGGUCUACUGUGUCAAAAGCCUUUAGCAAAAUCAAGGAAAAUAGCUCCAGUUAGGGCUCCUUGUUCCAUGCCAGUUUGGAUGUCAUUGCAAACUUUUAAGAGGGCAGUUGUAGAGGAGUGAUUCUGGCGAAAGCCUGAUCAGGGGUCAGUUAAAUUGUUGGUAGUACUCACAAAGUUGCGUAUGGACACAUUUUUCUAAGAUUUUUGACAAUAUGGGGAGCAAUGAUAUUGGGCGAUUAGUUAGAAACCAAAGUAGUGUCACCACUUUUAUGGAUAGGCUCUACUCUUGCAGUCUUCUAAAGUUUGGGUAUGUAUCCAGACACCAAGGAUUCGUUAGAGUUGCAAUGGGUUUAGCAACUGCCGGCGCACUGAGCUUCAACAACAUUGCUGGGAUUUGAUCAGGUCCGGAUUUUUUAUUUUUUUUAUUUUUAGAUUAAGAUGGUUUUUCAAUGACACUAACAGGUACAAGUCUAAAAAUGAACUUGUCUAUAUUGGGACUCUGCAAAUUUAGUGGGACUUGAUCCACAUUUGUAGUUUCAGGAUGCAUGUCAUUUAUUAGCUUGGCAAUCAGGGCAGUAGAGCAUCUGACAAAAUAAUUGUUAAAGGCAUUUGCUACAUCUAAGGUAAGUUGCAGGGUUUGGUUACCCACUUUGACAGUGGAGGGUUGGGAGUGGAUUGGAGGAGUCUGUAGUUUGACUUUCCUAAAGUUUCUAGGGUUUGUGUUCAGAUAUUCAUAGAAAUAUUGGGCCUUGGCCAAUUUUGUCUGUUUUGUGCAUAUAUUUCGCCAUUGUCUAUAUGCACGGUGAUCAUUCAUAGAGCCAGUAUGCUUAAACUUUGACUUCAAAGAAUACUGAAACUGGUACAUUUUGAUGAGGUCAGCUGUGAUCCGUUCAUGUGCUCCUUUUACCCUCACCUUAUGCAGUGGGGCAUGCAAGUUCCAAAUUUGUAGGAAUUCAGACUGAAAGAAUUCAACAGCACAGUCUAGAUCUGGGAUAAUGUUUAAUCUCUGCCAUGGGAGGUUCUUGAUUUACUUUAGAAAGGAUUCAAGAUAUUUUUUUUUUUUUUUUUUUUAAGGACAUAGUUAUUUUAACCUUGGGAGUGGACUUAAUGGCCUUUAUUUUGCGCAUGCAGUACACUAAACAGUGAUCACUGAAGUGUUUGGGAGAACACUGGCCUCCUGGACUCUAUCAGGAGAAGUAGAGAGAAUCCAAUCUAGCAUGGUAUGGUUAUGGCUUUUAAUGUUUAUGCAUGUUGGGGAGGAGAUUAAUUGCGUUAGCUGCAAAGUCUUAAACAGCGUGCAAGAACUAUUAUUUUUAGGCUUCAGCCAAUCAAUAUUAAAAUCUCCAAAGACCAACUUUAUUUUUAUUUUUUUUUUUUUUUUUUUUUUUUUUGAGCCCCCCCCCCCCACGUGUGCCUUUUUCUAAUACUAUGUAGUAUUGGAACUUUCUACUUUGCAAUAUCCUUGCACUCAUAUUGCUGGCAAAACAUCUGGAGUGCCAAAGGUUGCAUAUACCUGGUAUAGAUCAUGCCUCUCAGGUUUUACUGUAUAACUCACUGCCAUUUAGAAGUUAAAUAAAUAACUUUCUGUUUAUGCAGCCCUUGCCACACCUCCCCUGGUUAUGAUUGACAGAGCCUGCAUGGGGAAAAAAAACUGGUUUCACUUUCAAUCAGAUGUAAUGAAGUGUUCCUCCAUAGUAAGACCACUUAAUGUUAAUAAAUAUAUAUUAUUCUCCAAAUUUACCACUUACUCCUCCCAGUUUACACUACAUAGACAAUAAUAUAGUAAAACGUGCAGAUUGUUCCCGAUUGGACUGCUAUUACUUUGUGGAACAUUUCGCCGAAUGGUUAACAGACUAUUGUCGUCCUGACAAAAUUGGUCCCAUAGGAAUGAAUGGCAAAAUGUUCAAAACUAGAGUUGGAGCUGGCAAAAGCUGAAAAAUCAGGACAUGAUUUGUAAACUGCCACCACUCCCUUAUUUUCAAGCCCACCUACACAAAUCUUAUAUCAAAACGUUCAGCUAUCCCCGCUGCCACUAGAAAUGCCCACGGCUAAGCCAUAGUCCUGAUAGAUUUCACAAUAUGACCAUUUGUUUGCAACUCACGCCGUCCAUUGACGUUCAUUGAAACUCCACUCUAGCUAGCCGAAACUUGAAGGGCAAUUUCUAAACUGCGACUGCAUUCAUUGUUAAUAUUUCAGAGACAUACUAUACAUCGAAAUGUAGGUCUGGGUCUUGUGAUUCUCACAAUAUAAAGCUCUUCAUUCUAGGAUGUCGUGUGUGGUUGUCGUGUGUGGUUGUCGUGUGUGGUUGUCGUGUGUAAUUAAAUGUGCUAUAUAAAUAACCGUUACUCUGCCCAUGCCCACUCCAGUUGUAGACUACUGGUGGAGGCAAAAACACUUCACACAAUUUCCCCAGAAAUUGUAGCUUUUCUAGUUUACCUUAAACAAUUGUAUCUCCUGCUCUGUAAAUUGAACUUUAAUCACAUACAGUCUCUUGCAUGGUCUAGCAAGCUAUUAACAUAACAGGGGAUAAGAAAAUGUAAAUAGAACUUGCAAUAAAGGAAAGAAACUUUAGAGGAAGUGUUUAGGAAGGUUGUGCAAGUCACAUGCAGGGAGAUGUGACUUGACUCCUAAAUGGUAGAGAAUUGAGCAGUGAGGCUGCAGGGGCAUGUUCUAUACACCAAAACUGCUUUAAUAAGCUAAUGUUGUUUUGGUGACUAGUGUCCCUUUACUCCUUAAAGGGACACUACAUUUACUUAAAUGCUUUCAGUCCAUUCUUCUGUGUAAUGGAUAAACUAUUACCAGUGCCCCUUUAAGAUAUGGCAGCAUGUAUUGCUACUAUUCUUAUCCCAUGGGUAAAGCAAACUAUUGAAAGAUGCAUAUAUGAAAGACCAUACAAACCUUUCUUAACUGGUCUGUAGAAAGUUGUAUAUCUUAAGGGGAAUAAUACCUACAGCCAAAUGUACAUCUAACUUAUCUUUGUUUAGAUAAGUGAUAGUCUACAACGUCAAAGGUUUCCUGUCUCCCUUAAUGCUAGCAAAGUAUUAAAGGUGAUUUCAAUAAAUUGUUUCAAAUGUGCAUCUUCAGAAGCCCAGAGAGGAAAGGAAUUUAAAAUAAAAAUAUAUUAAUACAUGGCCUCUCUGGGCUGCCAAAGGCUGUUACACCUGGUCUAGAUUGCAACAUAAAACAGAUUCUCUUUAGACCAGUAUUUUGGCCUUUAUAAACCUGGCUCUACAAGUUUGCUCAUUGAGUGGUAACCAUGUUUAUAGGAUUUCAGGAUGUCAGGUUUCAUGGAAAGCAGUCAAAUGACCAAGGACAUCAUAGCCAGAUUCGUGGAUGGUCUCCUGACAGGAACACCUGGGAUGAGCAGCUUUAUCCUGCCUGGAAAGCUGGCGAUGCCAGAUGGGAAAACUGUUGGAGAGGUAAACCAGCCUUCUACUGACCUUAACCCUUCUAGACUAACUAGCUAUCUACUAUGAUGAUCAAACACACUAUUACACAAACCGCAAACAGAUCAACUCCUCAGGAGUUGGUGAAUAUAGUAACAGUACCUUGUGAAAAGGAAGUUAUUUUAGAAAUACACCUGAUGUAAUCCAUGGCAUGCACUCUACACUUCCAGAUAUUCUCUGGUCAAAACCAUAGACUCUCUAUACUACUUUGUAGGGUUACUUCUUAAUUGGAGCAUGUCUAAGCUUUUUAUAAUCCAGAUUAAGUAACAGUGCACAUCCAAAAAAAAAUACAUUUUAUAACUAACUUUUAAUCUGUAUUGUGUAUACAUUUUUGGUCACUACAGCACCACCACUCCUGCAAAACAUAUUCAGGGUGUGCUCCAACUUCAUUUUGUCUUUUUACUUUAUAAUUUGUAUUUUUCUUCUGUAGGUGGCAAGGUGGAGGCUCUCUUGACCAGUGACAGCCCAGCGCUGAUAGGGUCAAACAUUACCUUUGCUGUGACUCUGCGGUUUCCCAGAUGCCAAAAAGAGAAUGAUGAUGGUGACAUAAUAUAUGAUAGAAAAUGUAGAAAUGGUACGUAGGGCUCAGCAUAGGAGUGUUUUAAUAAGGUGGCUUGUAUCACUAUUUGUAUCUUUAACAUCCUUUAUAUGUUAGACUCUUUCAGCUACCAAGAUCAGUAUGUCUACAACUGGACCAAAUGGGUAGAUGACUGCAAUGAAGGAAACUGCACCUUUCUCAAUAAGUUUCCUGAUGGCCGCCCUUUCCCCCAUCACCCUGACUGGAGGAGGAGGAACUUUGUGUAUAUCUUCCAGACCCUGGGUGAGACUCAAUGCAGACAUUCUAAUACUUAUUGCAUUAUCUACUGGUAGCAGCAAAAUGAACUCCUGAUUGUAACCAGCUUGUAUGGUGCUGGUAAUUUAGUAUGGGGUUAAGGAGGACAUUUAGGCACAGGUGGCAGCUACUAUAAUGGUAACACUCAGUAUUGUAAUUCCCUGGCAGACUGGGAUUCAAGGUGCUGCUCAGCCUGGGUUUAGAGCCCCCAGACUACAGAUGUGAUCUAAGCAUUGCUAGUUCAAUACAGAAACUAACUGGUGAAUUCUGAGUAGUACAGGAUUCUAAAUCUAGACUUAUCCAUUAAAGUAAGGGGCAGAUCAUAGCUGUUGCCAUCAACAUAAAAAAAGUGAUUAUAUGGCUAAUAGAUAAAGUUCUACUGUUGCCAAUUCAUGUUAUGGUUAAUCCUAAACUGCAUGUCUCGAGUGAAUGUUUAUUUUUAAUGUUUAGAAUGUUCAUGGAAAGCACUUAACUUUAGAAAAUGUGUUCUAGGUAAAGUUCCCCAAUCUAUAUAAUUGAGUAAUGUCUAGGGUGAUAACAAAAGCCUGAUUCUUGGUAGCCCUUCACUGCUGUACAACAAACACCUACCCACUACUUAUAUUUUCAGGUCAGUACUAUGCACUGUCUGGGAGAUCGUCUGCAGUCCUAUCCAUCAAUACAACAAACAUCACCGCUGGCACACAGAUGAUGGAAGUGUCUGUGUAUAGAAGGGAUCACAGACGGCAUUAUCCAGUUGCUAAAGCAAGUGCAAUGUACAUUGUGACAGGUAACUACUAAGCUGAUCUUGGUGAUCCUAGGUUACGUGUUCUGGUAUUGUCUCUGGUCUAGAAAUGUAUUCCAAUAACUAGUAGUGACUGACUGUGCUAGUUUAGAACUUGCAGCAGUAACCUGUUUGUCUUUACCACUAAUCCAAAGGCCCACUGCCCCGAAUUGUCACUGCAUCCUCCUAAAUGUCUUGUCUUAGGAGUUCUACCUGUUGUGAAUUAAAAAAUAAUCCAUAUUCUGUCAAUCCUAUCUUAAUUGUAUGCAUACUUUUUUUUUUUUUUUUAAUGUAAAUAUCCUUUCCUUUUUUAGAACAAAUCCCUCUUUAUGUGAACAUUUCCCAGAAGAAUGAUCGCAAUUCCUCAGACAAGAUCUUUAUUAAGGAUUCUCCUAUAACAUUUGAUGUCAAGCUUCAUGAUCCAAGUCACUACCUUGCCAAAGCAGCUGUGUCCUUCAACUGGACAUUCGGGGAUGGAAGUGGGUCCUUUGUUUCCAAUAAUCCCCUUUCUAGUCACACUUAUACUCUGUUGGGAAACUUCAGCCUUAAUCUGACUGUGAAAGCUGCCAUUCCUGGACCCUGCAAACCAGUUACACCCACUACUUUCAUCCCUACAACCUAUACUUCUUCUACUACCACAGCUCCAGUGACCAGCAAUAGCACAGGUACAGAACAGAAAUAUUUGUCUGUUUUGUAUUAAUGGCAAUCAAGCUUAUGUUACAAGGGCUGAAAUCCAUAUUACUUGAAAUGUAUUAGAAUGUCAACUGACUCUUCUUUGAUGUUUACAUAUUUACAAAGAUAAGCAAAAGGAAUCAAGAGUACCUAACAGAACAGAGGAGAGCUAUCUCUACGUGAAAAAUGUGCAAAUAAUGCACAGUAUAAUCACAGAGGAAAUGAAAUAGAAUUGAGAAAAACAAAUGACUUUAUUGACAUGACAUAAUAAAAAAUGCAUAGAUAUAAAGAAUGGAACAGAAAUAAAGUAAAAACAACCAAAUUGAUACCCAAUAUUUGAAGUGAAUAAUUGAUUUAUAAGAUAUCUUAUUGGUACAACACACUGCACACGUCUGUGCAGGGUGAAGAAGAAAGGGGCGCAAAACGAGGGGGGAAAAAAGAAACUAAGGAUAGUAACUCUAAAAUAAGAGAACUAAUGGGGGUCUAGUAACCAAUAUUUAUAAAUGGUAGGUAAAUGGAAAUGUAUGAUAUCUAAAUAGACAGCGAAUAAAGUCACUGUCAGAAUGAGCAACACCUAGUACAGGGUAACUAGAGGUAUAGAAUAUCAAAUAACCAGAUACCAGUGUACCAUGCUACCUAGAGAUAUACAAAGAUAUAGAUUUAGGAGCUGCUGAAAGUAUAAGCUAGUAUACAGCUGUUGGUAAGAUGUAAAGCGCAAAACUGCCCUGAUAACGUGUUGCAGAUAACUAUCUAUAAAGGUACGUACUGACUAGUAUGUCUGCAAUUACUGAAUGGCUAGCUGGUAAAUAGGAUAUAAAUAGAAAUGAGCUACCGGACUAGUAAAGUUGCUGCUAAGCUGUCAAUAAAAAUAAAUGUAACUCUGACUGAAAACAACAUGUAUAAGAUAAAUGAAACAUUGUAACAUUUAAAUGACUAAAUGUCUCUAAUCCUAUUAUAAUCAGGAGACAUAAAAGAUGAUCGCUCCAAAAAUUGAAUAAAGUAAAACAGUUAAUACUGCAGGGCUGCAACGAGGUAUAUAUUGGAGAAUGAAAAGCAGACCAAAAAAAUAGUCCUGAAGCUAAUACACCCCCUAGUGUGCCUUCGAGGGCACCAAGAACUAACGCCCACUAAAACUUAUCUAGUAGACAUCAAAACGAGAAGAUGCAAAAUGAUCUAGAAGGGUAAUAGAUAAAUGGCAAAAAGUUUACGCCAGGAGUCCCCUGACGCGCACGUUUCGCCUCAGGGGACUCUUGGCGUAAUCUUUUUGCCAUUUAUCUGUGUUCUGUUAGGUACUCUCGAUUCCUUUUGCUUAGUAUUUACACUAGGGGCUACCCCCUUUUUUGAGUGUACCUUGGCUGUAUUCUGAUAGGUUUAAUAUUUAUAAAGAUAUUCCCUUGUGCUGGACUACUUCUGUAGACCCCCACUUUUGAUGGUUUGUCAUGCAAUAUACUAAACUUGUGACACAAAGUAAAAUUCUUCACUCCUCAACAGGCAACUCUACAGACCUUCCCUUCACUGAAACUGCAUUUGUGACAACUGAAGGUUCCAACGUUACUACUGCUCCUACUACUGAAACUACUACACACAUACAAACCACUCCAGCUGCUGGCUGUUUUAUUGAUCGUUAUGGCUACUACAAAGCAAACAUUAGAAUUGUGGGUAAGUAAAUGGUUAAACAGGUGGCUCCUAACCCAGUCCUCAAGGUACCCAUACCAGUCCAGUAUUUUAGACAACUCCUGACACACCUGGGUAAUCACAAAAUCCUGGACUAGUAGGGGUACCCUGACAACUGGUUUGGAAACCACUGGGUUAAAUUAUUUCGUAGCUCUUUAUUGUAUCAUACUUAAAUUAAACCUUAUUUUGCAGAUGGAAUCUUGGAGGUGAAUAUUGUAGAGAUGACAAAUGUGUCUCCAUCUGAAGCUCAAAAUGCUUUUAUAGACUUUGUCGUGGCUUGCCAAGGAAGGUAAUGUUGUAAUCCUCAAUUAAUAUAUGGGUUGAUCUUCAACUCUGAAGCUGUAACCCUUGGUUUUGAGGUAUGGGUUGUGCUUCCUAAUUGGGAUAAGCAUCUGCAAGAUGGGUGAUUAAGAAAAGGGCAAACCCACCUCAGGUCUUCCUUGUCUCAGCACAGGACAGAUCAAGUGUAUGUUGAAGGUGAGGCACCCAGGUUGCAGUCUUGGGGAGGGAGCCCAAUAGCUUCCAAGGUGGUAGGCUGAGCGUCAUGGCUCCAUCUGUGGGAGAUUUAACUCUGCGCCAAGUAUGUUCCAGGCUGGUGAGUAUGGGCGAGCCGUGGGACUCCAUUAUGUUGCAGGAUGUGCGUCUGUGCACAGCAGUGGAAUGCACGCCCAGGUGGUGGUGUGAUCCACCAAAGUUCCAGGUGCACUAUUGCACUUCUGGGAAACCGCCAAGUGCGGAUUGCUGUGCUGUUCCCUCUGGCAGCAGGAAGCUUGUCAGAGUUUCCUGUGUCACCAACCCCCACGGCUCAGAGGUUUUCAAUGUCAGAUUAGCCGAUCUUUGCUUUAAAAAACUGUUCUGAUUAAAAUUGCAAGUUAUGGAUGGAAUUGUCUUGCAGAAAGUAGAAUGCCUGUUCUUCAGACUGAAGAGAAGCGUCCUUUGAUUACUUCUGUCUGGCGAAUGUUUACCUAUUAAUGGUUCAUCAUACUGGAGUUGGUUCCCACCUGAUGUACUGAGAAGGCUCAUUAGGAAUGAAUCUGUCAUUGGGCAAGAUCAAUCUGCUACACUUUAAUGAGGGUUAUCUGUUCCUCAAACCCCAUGUCUUUCUCAUAUGCAGAAAUGGGAACACUCUGUGUAACGAGACUUUCUUGCCCAGCAUUUAAUGUUUACCAUCAAAUAGGUCAAUGUUACACCCCAGUUACACUGGGAAUCCAUAAAAAUCUGCAAAAGUAGCAGCUUUAAGAACACCUGUCCUCAAGAAGGCUGAGACCUCUUGCAGACAAUCUUUCCAGACUGCUGGGUUUCAGUAUGGGUCUUUGCUGGCAGGUGCAGCAGUGUCCAAAAAAAUUAUAACUUUGUUUACAAUUGUUAAUGGAGGUUAUUGAAGUGUCCUCAUGAGCAGCUCACCAGUUUCCUGUUUUAUUGUGAUUGUCACACUAUAUGGAUUUGACAAAGACAGCAAGAUCAUGGGUUGAUCUUCUGUUUCCCUUAUAUCCUGGUGGUUUAAACUUGGACGGCAGAUCAGCGUCCUUUUCAGCCCCCUGUUACUCCCAUUAGGUAAAGGGUAUCUUUUUUUUUUUAAUAACCAAAAAAAAAAAAAACUCUACCUCAAGACAAUUUAGAACUAGAUCCAACAUGGGUGGGCGUUUCGGAUGCCAAGAAGCUUGGAGGCGUUAUCCUGCAUUUCAAUAAAAAUGUGGAUAGCGCAGUGGGUUUAGACCUUGUUCACAGGUUCAUUCUCCUGCAGGGUUAACUCGGCAUUUCAUUCCUUUGAGGUAGAUGACUGGAGUACCAUUCAAUGGAGUCUCUUAACAUUCCCUGGUUGCAUUUGGAAACCAGUGUGUAUAUAUCUAAAUGUCUCUUGCCUGGCUUUUAAGUAGAACCUACUUGCAAUAACUGAUUUCUUGAUCUAGUUAACCCCAUAAGGACACAUGACAUGUGUGACAUGUCAUGAUUCCCUUUUAUUCCAGAAGUUUGGUCCUUAAAGGGUUAAAGAGGGCACCACUUGGUCUUUUCAAAUCCAUAAUAUUCCAAACAUCUGAUUCUCUAUUUACAGAAACCGUGUUCCUGUUGGAUUCAAGGAGUUUAAGAUUUGGUUCUGUGAACCACGAACAUCAUUGGGUUCCUCAGGAAUCUCCUGGCUGUCAAUCUCUGAUCAUUUGUUUAAACCAGUUAUGAAUUCAAAUUCCCUCAUAUCCCUGUUGCGGCCCCUCAAGGCAUUCCCUACUUGGGAGUUUGGCUAAUUAUUGAUAAUCGGGACGUUGCCUUUUAAGUAUGUUCAGGUAGCUAGCAGAGCGCUACAACAACACUGAGACUAUAAUGUAUUUUCUUCUUGUCCAGGAAACCUAGGGUUUUUUGUAGGGAUCGACCGAUAUUGGUUUUUUUUUUUUUUUUUUAGCGCCGAUACCGAUAUUCUGUGAACUUUCAGGCCGAUAGCCGAUAUAAUUUGCCAAUAUUCUGUACAUUUACCAUUUUGGAAAAUAAAAACUAUUUCUAAAGGUAAAGGCACAAAAUAUACAUGCCACAUGUAGUGGAUGCAGUGUGUUUAGACAGGGGAGCUGUGUUUGUGUAGUGGAUGCAGUGUGUAUUUGUAGUGUGUAUAUAAUGAAAGCAGAGUGUUUGUGUAGUGUGUGGGUAGUGUGCAUAAAGUGAAUGCUGUAUAUAGUAAAUGCAAAGUGUGUGUAUUUGUGUAGUGUGUGUAUAGUGAAUGUAGUGUGUUUAUAUAAUGCAGAGUGUGUGUUUGUAUACUGUGUAUAUAAUGCAGUGUGUUUGUGUAGUGUGCAUUAUAUACACACUGCAUUAUAUACAGUGUUUGUGUAGUGUGUGUGUGUAUAUAUAAUGCAGUGUGCAUUGUAUACACACUAUAUACACAGUGUGUUUGUGUAGUGUAUGUGUAUAUAAUGGAGUGUGUGAGGGGGCAUUUUUUUUUUAAUUAAAUUAUUAUUUUUAUAUUUUUUUUUUUUUUUUGUUGUCCCCCUCCCUGCUUGUUGCCUGGCCAGGGAGGGGGGAUAUAGCAAUCCCUGGUGGUCCAGUGGCAUUGGCUGAGCUUUGGGGGGGGCAGAGAGCAAGCGCUUACUCACCUCCCAGCAGCUCCUCCAGCUCCCCAGUGCAACUCUGGCGGCCAGCGUGUCACGCAGAGCGUUGCCACGGUGACCCAUGGCAACACUCUGACGGCCGUGGGUAUCGCGAGAGUUACACUGGGAAGCUGGAGGAGCUGCUGGGAGGUGAGUAAGCGCUUGCUCUCCGCCCCCCCCCCCAGGACCGCCGGGCUUGUAAUGAGCCUGGCGGUCCUAGGAGGUAUUAUCGGCAAUAUCGGUAUCUGAAUUGGCCGAUACCGAUAUUGCCGAAAAUACCGAAUAUCGGCCGAUUAUAUCGGUAAAACCGAUAAUCGGUCGAUCCCUAGUUUUUUGGCUUUGAGGUUUGUGUUAACCUUAAACAUUACCUCUGCAUUCAUAAUCGAAAGGUCCAAUUACUAAUAGUGAAAUUUUCUCCAUAAGAACAGGAAAUGAGAUUGCUUGGAUGUCUGACCUUCAAUUCCUGCGGUCAACUGGGCAAAAAACUGGAUUUGGCCACUCUGGGUCAGUGUGACUCUUGGAUUUGUCUCCAAGACUCUUUUUCUGAGAAGCCUGUCCUUUCAGCAUAAAGGAGUAAUUUUCACCACAGGCUGGGUCACUCGUCUAAACUCUCUAGUGCCAAUGUUCUUGGUCCUAAGAAAAAUAGUUCACUAAUUUCAGAGUUCUUAAGGCAGUUCUUCACUCCCUCACCAUUCAGAUCUUGGUUGAUUUGAGGGACCUAUUACAAUGUGGUCAGACCACAACACUGUUUCCCUCUCAUCAACAGACAGGGUGGUGCCAGAGGCAAGGUCUGUUUCAGCUCUGUAACAAAUUGUGUACCUGGCUCAGGAUCUCUGGGAGGUCCUCUCUCCAUUCCACUCUUGAUGUGUCGACAAUGUAAUCCCCCUACAACUUCAGCAAAAGAAAUUGUGACCAAGAGUAAUGGUCUAUAGGUCAGAUCAUAAUCGGUCUAGAGAUUGGGAGUGCCCAGAUAGACCUUAUGGCAAAGAACACGAAGAUUCUCAGGUUUGCCUCUGUACAGGACAGUUCACAUUUAAUAGCUGGCCUAUCUAAGGUGGGUUUUUUGUUUUUUUUUCUUCUAUAGACUGUUCCCAAGACUAGUUCAAAGAGGUGAACAGAGCAGUGGUUCUGACAAUCUUUCUGUACUGAACAAACACAAGCCAGUUAUCGGCCUUGGUGGAGAUGACUUUCAAGUUUGGAGAUCUUCCGAUGUCAAACACUUCUGGAAGACAGGAUUUCCUGCUGGAAGUGUUGAAUAGGCUUAUUGACAGUAGGGCAACUGCUUGGUGGAUCCUUCAUCUCAUGACUCCAUGAGUCAGAGUCCACUUGUUGCAUAUAAUCUUCUAGUUCCGCAUCUAACUUCCCAUUAAGAUUUGGGUAGCGUUUCUACACUUUUUAAUUUUAUUUUUUGGGGGGAAUGUCAUUGUCUUCUAGUUAAUUUGUCCGGGUGGUUCAAACUUACACUUCCUGACGGAGAUUUCCACAGGUUGGGAGUUUCCACAUAAAGGACAAAUUGUAUUCCCGAAGUUCUUUCUGAGAAGGGAUUGGUCUUUGUAUUUACUGGUUAGAAGUUUCUUUAAAGCAAUAGGUUUCUUAGGCCACCCAAGAAGUUGUUUCCUCCUGGGAUCUUUCUUCAGUCUUUCAGGUCCCCUUUUACUUUGAAAGUGGUUCCUUUUCAUAUGCUAAAGCUUAGCCAGCAUUCUUAGUGGCCAUUCCUCUACCAAGAGUAAGCGAGCUUCAGGAUAUCUUUAGUGGAAUUUUAGAUUUCAUCAGGGUGAGUUGUUUCAGCCCAACACUUAAAUUCUUCGAGUUAUCUUUUAAAGCUGCUUUUAGGGACGUUUUAAGGGGAAUGAAGCCUCUCCUAUAUUAUAUAUAUAUAUAUAUAUAUAUAUAUAUAUAUAUAUAUAUAUAUAUAUAUAUAUAUAUUUAUGUAUAUAUAUAUAGUAUAUAUAUAUAUAUAUAUAGUAUACUAUAUAUAUAUAUAUAUAUAUAUAUAUAUAUAUACAAAUACAUAGUAUCCUUGCACUCUAACUAAAUGGUUACAUACCGGGUGCUUGAAAUCCUGGGGAAAAUCAAAUAUCCACUUUGCAACAGGUGACCAGCACUCACGGAUUCACAAAAAGGGUUAAAACAUCCAAAGUUUAAUGAAAAAUAUUUUAAAAAUUUGUUGACAGCUCAACGUUUCAGUCCUCCUCUGGGACUUUCAUCAGGAACAAUAAAAGUGUCUCACAAUACCCAUCUUUAAAUAGGCACAUCAAUUAACAUAAUUACACAUUCAAUCCCAAACUGAAUUAGCAUAAUUGAAAGCCAAAUUCAAGGAAUUAGCAUAUAGACAGAUAUAUAUAAAUAACGAGAUCCAACUCACCAGUGUAUAUUUGCAGUGACAGCCGGCGUUCUGAGAACGCUUUCGCGCAUGUGCGCCCAUAGCCCCUCCCCUGUCUGCAUGACCGCACGACCCCCGCUGUCAUGGUGACCGCGAAACAAACCCCGCGACACCAUGGCAGCAGCGGCACCAACGAUCGCCACAUAAAAGUGCAUAAAGCACUAAAGAAAAAGAAAAAGAAAGAGAAAAAGAAAAAGAAAAAGAUGGGGAAAAUAGGGACCUAAAUAUAAAAUAAACAUGGUGCAUAACAAGAACGCCUGUAAACACACCAGGGCUCCACCCACUGUGUGUGGCCGUUCCCAUGGUAACCGGACCAAAAUGCCGGUACAUAAAGUGAACAGGACAAAAAAAGGCAUACAGGCUAAAUAAUAAAAAUAUGACAAUGUAGCCUAAUCAUAUGAAUAUAUAAUGUGCAAAAUAUGAUAUAAAAAGUGCAUACAGUGCAAAGCAAUGAAUUGCUAUAUAUAUAUAUAUAUAUAUAUAUAUAUACUGAAAAAAUAUGACUACUCUAUAUAUCAUAUUGAAAAAAGUGCAAUGUGCAUAUAAUCAGUGAAAAUAACAUAUAUAUAUAUAUAUAUAUAUAUAUAUAUAUAUAUAUAUAUAUAUAUAUAUAUAUAUAUAUAUAUAUAUAUAUAUAUAUAUAUAUAUAUACACAUACACACAUACACACACAAAGAAUGAUAGGAGUUGCACUCCAGCUCUCCUUAUAAAUUGCCUGGUGCUCGGCUGCACAAAUGUAUAGUUUUAGAAAAAAGUCAGCACUCAAGGACUUUCAAUGUACUAAAAGAAUUUAAAAAAAAACCUUUUAAUCCAGUUGUUCAAAGAGGUCAACGUUUCAGUCCAUCGUCGUGGACUUUCAUCAGGACAUAAAUGACAAGACAUAACAUUCAGUUUAAAUAAGAAAAAACUAACUUACCAAGCCGUUUCCACCUGUGUGCCGGCGUGGUCUGUUCCCCAGUGCGCAUGAGUGUCACUCCGCUCAUCUACUUCCGGUAUCAAAGUGCAACCUACCCGUCACCCUAGCAACCUGUAAACAGAUCGCUAGAAACAGCGCAUGCGUGUGUGUAUCACUCCGCUCGUCUACUAUCAGUGUCAGAACGCAACCUACCCGUCACCCUGGCAACCUGUAAAUAGAUCGCUAGGAACAGCGAUCCGUAGUAGCAUAUUAAAAGUGCCCAGUGCUGUGAUGUCAUCUUAGUGUUCAUAUUAAACUGGCAACAAAUAUAGCCAGUUUGACUAUUCACAUUCUCAUAAUUUCAUUAAUGCAGUGAAAAUAAAUUAAACUAUUAGUGUAAGUGCAUAAUGUAAUGCAGACUAGAAAAUAGUGAUAAAGAGAGGUAAAGGAUAAAAAUUAAUUUACCUCAUAUACAAAAAGUGCAAGUGCUUAAGAUAAAAGUGCUGACAAUAACGAUGUGUUAAAGUGACAGGUGCAAAUAUAUACAUUCUAUCAGAUAAUUGAGGAAGUGAACACACAUAAUUGCUAUGGGGUUACAGUAUUAUAUGAUAUAAAAACACUACCUAAACAUCAGAUAUAAUAACAUAUGUUCUACUGUUUAACAGCAUUAUCCCAAGUGUCAAAAUUUAGAGACAAACUAUUCUUUAUAUAUAAUAAUGUCCCUAUUCAAUUAUGGGUAGAUACUAGGGAGUGGAAACAGCCACCCUCCCUGAAAAAUUCUUUUGUGAAACACAAAUCACAAAAAAAAAAUCCUUAUUUUAUGCCUAUAUCUUAAUCCCUAUUAGAUAUACUGGGAAUAUAUGCUGCAAAUAUGUUUAUAAAUAGAAAAAGUUAAUAAAAUCAAUACGGAAAUUCAUCAAACCACUUAGAUAAACGAUGUGAACGUCAAUUUUUCAUUAAGGCCCAUAGGGGCCAUAGUAUUUAAUUCACGAAUCCAAAAUGUCUCUCUCUGCAACAAUGCCUUAGAGCGAUUUCCUCCUCUCCUAGAUAUUGGAAUGUGGUCAAUGGCUAUACAUUUCAAUGUUGUAAGUGGAUGUUUGUGUUCAAAGAAGUGACGGGCCACCGGUUUAUCUGUACUGCCAUCUCUAAUCGCCGUACGUAUGCUUGAGCGAUGUCCCCUUAUUCUUUCGCACAAUUGUGUGUCAGUUUUCCCAACGUAAUGUAGUCCACAUGGGCAUGACAAUUUAUAAAUGACAUGAUCUGUUUUACAGGAGAUGCGUUGUUUAAUUGUAUAUUUCUUCUGGGUGUGUGGAUGAAAAAAAGACUUUGUGGGAAUAAGGUGCCCACAAGUCACACAUCCUAAGCAACGGAAACAACCUGGAUUGAGAAACUUGUUCUGAUUCCGCAGAUAACUCUGUUCUGCAUCAGUGCGGACUAACAAGUCUCGCAAGUUUUUCUCCCUCUUGUAACAUAUCAUUGGACUUUGAGAGAAUAUUGUAGGUAAAGAUGGAUCUCCUGUUAAAAUAUUCCAGUUCCCCUUAACAGCUUGAACAAGUUUGGUGCUAGCAGAAUUGAAUUUCAUAGGGAAAGUUAAUCUUGUUGUCCUUAUUUGUUGUUGUACAUUGACAGUGGUCACCAUUUCCAUUCUAGCUUUUUCUAAAGCUGCAUCAAGGAUGUACCGAUUGUAUCCCCUCAUAAGAAAUUUAUUGUACAUACUAUCUACUUGUUUUUCAACCCGUUCAGCCGAUGAAUUAUUCCGAAAUACUCUUAGAAAUUGAGUGUAUGGUAAGGAUUUUUUGCUGUGUUCCGGAUGUGCACUCUCAAAGUGCAAUAUGGUGUUUCUGUCAGUAGGUCAUAUUUUUUCAGUGUGUGUAUAUAUAUAUAUAUAAUCAAUUCAUUGCUUUGCACUGUAUGCACUUUUUAUAUUAAUCAUAUUUUGCACAUUAUAUAUAAUCAUAUGAUUAGGCUACAUUGUCAUAUUUUUAUUAUUUAGCCUGUGCCUUUUUUUGUCCUGUUCACUUUAUGUACCGGCAUUUUGGUCCGGUUACCAUGGGAACGGCCACACACAGUGGGUGGAGCCCUGGUGUGUUUACAGGCGUUCUUGUUAUGCACCAUGUUUAUUUUAUAUUUAGGUCCCUAUUUUCCCCAUCUUUUUCUUUUUCUUUUUCUCUUUCUUUUUCUUUUUCUUUAGUGCUUUAUGCACUUUUAUGUGGCGAUCGUUGGUGCCGCUGCUGCCAUGGUGUCGCGGGGUUUGUUUCGCGGUCACCAUGACAGCGGGGGUCGUGCGGUCAUGCAGACAGGGGAGGGGCUAUGGGCGCACAUGCGCGAAAGCGUUCUCAGAACGCCGGCUGUCACUGCAAAUAUACACUGGUGAGUUGGAUCUCGUUAUUUAUAUAUAUCUGUCUAUAUGCUAAUUCCUUGAAUUUGGCUUUCAAUUAUGCUAAUUCAGUUUGGGAUUGAAUGUGUAAUUAUGUUAAUUGAUGUGCCUAUUUAAAGAUGGGUAUUGUGAGACACUUUUAUUGUUCCUGAUGAAAGUCCCAGAGGAGGACUGAAACGUUGAGCUGUCAACAAAUUUUUAAAAUAUUUUUCAUUAAACUUUGGAUGUUUUAACCCUUUUUGUGAAUCCGUGAGUGCUGGUCACCUGUUGCAAAGUGGAUAUUUGAUUUUCCCCAGGAUUUCAAGCACCCGGUAUGUAACCAUUUAGUUAGAGUGCAAGGAUACUAUGUAUUUGUGUGUGUGUGUGUGUGUGUGUGUGUGUAAUCUCCUAAUGGCCUAUGCUUCGGGCAUAGGUACUUAAAGUUGUUUAGGCAUGAAGACCACCUAAUUGGUAAUUUUGCUAUAUCCCAUCCAUAGUGCCACCAUAUGUCAGAAUUUUUUACAUACUGGGAUUUUUUUUUUUUUUUUUUUGAGAUGGUGGCAGUACAAAUCUCCCUCCCUCUAAAAUUACAAUUUUGCUUAAGCGUGUAGUCCUGCUACAACUGAGGUGGGUUUGCUGGAGGAAGCACUUUAGGGUCAAGGAGGGACUUUUCUUUACCUAUCUUGCAGAUGCUUGUCCCAGUUAGAAGCGCAACCCAUACAUACUGCCACCGUAUGGGGGGAAAAAAAAUUUAUAAGGAAAAUUUGUUUUUACCCAAUAGUAUACCCACUGAUGCCUGCACCAUAAUCUCGGACUCCACGUGCACAAUUCCACAAAACGAAGUCUGUGAUGAGGUAGUGACUACUGAUGAAUGUUUGGUGACUCUAAGAAGAGCCUUUACGGGACCAGGAACCUAUUGUGUGAAUAUUACACUGGGUGAUGAUGCAAGCCUGGCUCUUGCAAGUACCCUUGUUUCUGUGAGUGAAGGUGAGUAAAGCCACUUGGUGCACAUGAACUGUGAGUACAUCAGAUGCAGACCUGAAGACUGAGUCCCAGUGAAACUUCAGAUAUCUGCUAAUUCAUAAAGGUGAAGGCAAUCCUCAAUUUAUGCAUUGCAGCACAUGGUGAUCUCUGAUCACUUGUGAAUGGGAAUCCUCACUGUAGUAGAGCAGCCUAUCCUUGAGCUGUACCUGGCCAGCUUUGUCCCCACUGGAAGCCACCCAUACUGCUAGAUAUACACAGAGCUGCAGAAUAACCCUCCCCUCAUACAAAUACAAACCACCUACACACAAACUCAACACCACUGACAAUCCACAUGCAAUGCCCCACACAUACACUAACAAAUACACAAUGUGACAUAUCAUCCACGUGGCCCCCCCUUACACUGACCACAAUCAUGGGUACACCAUACCACAAACUAAUGAACAUAUACAAAAUAGCUCAUACGCACAAAUACAAUGAUACAAAGCAACUGUAAUAUAACAAAAGCCGAACACAGCAACCUGCACACCUCCAAUUUAAAAAAAAAAAAAAAAAAUACAAUUUUUAUUUUUAUUUUUUCUUUGGUAACCAUUAAUGUACUUUAUUUUAGGAAUUGGCACACCUGCACCAGUAAAAGAGAUCCUUAUUUACCUGGGAAUUUUGGCUGUUAUUGCUGUAGCUCUUGGUGCUCUCUUGUACAAGUAGGUGUACUUUCAAGUUGUGCAUUGGGAAUCUGCAUAACUGAACUCUAAUAUUUGUAGAUUAACACUACAACUCUAAAUGUUUAUUGUUUAUAUUUUUCUCUCUAAGGAGUUGGGAGACUGGUUCUUCCAUAGUGUAACACUCUCUGUUUAUUACAGGAAAUAUAAAGGCUACAAACGCAUUGAUACAGCUUACCAUAACCGUACCAAUGAAGGGUUAAGUGUGACCUUCAACCAAAUAAAAUCGAGUCUUCUAAAAAGAAAUGAUGAGCACCACCCCCUUCUGAAGACCAAGGCUGGUGUCAUAUAAUCUGUAAUGGGCCUCAUGUUCUGAUUAGGAUGAUGUUUACCAUCUGUAUCAGAGCUCUUAAAUAAAAUUACUACUGUAGAUUUUAUUUUUAGGCUUGUACUAUUGACUACUGAUAUUGUCAAACAUUGUAGGUGUUGCUCUUUGACUUGACGGUGAUGUGUUACUCUUUUCAGAAAACCUGUUAUAAAGACUGUAGAGAAUUCCGUUAAGUUGAAUACUUGGGUACACAUAAAAUGCUAAUUUGAACAAAGUUGUACUUUGACACUGCAACCUAUUGUUACAAUGGUUUGCAGCUACAAAGACAUUGGUUAGCUAGAUUUCCUCAUCCAGGACUUUGUUCUGCUCUGCUAGCACCAUGGGCACAGAUUGAAACUAGAAUCGUAUGCAUGAUAGAAAUUGACAUUGACUACUGUAGGUUUUUGUCAAAUUGUGUUAAUGAUGACAUUGCUUGGGUAGGAAAACCUCAGACUUGUGGUAUAUGGAGAGUGGGUACUGUAAUGAGAGAGAAAAGAGAAAUUGUAUACUCUGGAUGUGAUCUCGUCUUUCAAGCCAUCUCCAGCAACUUAGUUUGUGCUGUUGUAAGAAGGCCAGGAUGUCAACUGGUAGAAUGUUAAGCUUUAAUGGUUCUUCUGUAAACAUCUGGUUCGUAUAUUGUUACUCUGUAUAUCUCACAGCUCCUAUCUGCCAACUCAAGCCACUACACUACAAUAGCAUUAAAACCCAGACAGAUCUGCCAUCUCAGGCUUGUUCUCUAAUGCUUUCACCGACUGGACAAUGGUAAGCCUGUCUGAGACACUGCCUUCUAGUACCCUGUCCAUCCGUUAAUCUGAUGCAGCCCCUCUUACUGAUUAAGCUCAGAAAUAGACUAAACCUCUGCUUGUAACUUCCUUAUCUCACACUGCAUUACUUGCUAGCAGUAUCAUCAGAUAAAAAUGGCUAAAAAUAAGUUGGAACCCCUCCCUACUUCAUGGUGGAGUCCCCUUGCACCACUCAAAUGUCAAACCAGUCUUGCUUCGUUAUGACCCAAAGUACUUGUUCCUCAAUCGGGGACCCUGAAAGUACAACAGUAUCCGCUGAUUUACCGUAUAUGAUGCCAAGCAACUCUGCAUUUGUUUUUUUUUUUUUUGUCAUGGUGCAUGUCAAGUGUAAUCUGGUAUUGUGUCCAUUUCUCAGUAACUAAUUUAUAAAAAAAAAUUGCUUAAUAUUGUACAGUACACAAGAAUCGAAAAUAAACUUGCGCAAAUUCUUGUCAUCUUUAUAUGCUUGGUAAAGUUUGUAUGCAGGAGACUAGUCUUAUGCCACAGGGCAAAAGCUGAAUGACAAGUACACCUUGUUUAGUACAUUCAGGUGGGGGAGAGUGGGUUUUACUAACUUCUCUGUGGUGCUUAUUUGGGGAGCGUCAACUAUAUUCUCUAUAGUCCAGUAACUCUUAAGGUUGGAAGCAGAGCUGCAGAAACAAUGAUGUAAACACAGUGUGGUCAGAUACCCUAUAGUACAAGGGUGGACAGAAUCACUUCCCAUCUGAUCACAAAUAACAUAUGCAAAAGUAAGGUGUGAAACAGAGUGGGGGUAAUGUUUUCUAAGCUUCCCCUUUGAAUAGAGGUGGUUUUUUUUUCUUCUCUCUCAAGACCACCACUCGUGCUUGACCUGAUACUACUUGCAGAGGCACAUCAGCUUCCCUUACCACAUCUCUUUUUAGCAAAGAUGAUCCCUAGUCCUACCUCUAGCAGCAAGGGAUCAAUGGCAAAACAGGAGUUGCCACUGCCUACGCUAACCUUCCUCCCAGUCUUCUUUUAGGAACUCUAAAAGAACUGUGAGCAGGUAGAAGUACUGCACCUCCCUCUCCUGCAGUCAGUGAAAGUUUCAUCUGUGCAAGAAAUUACCAAGGUAGACUGAAACAAGUGCUACUCCUCUGGAAGUAUCAGCAUUGUCUGUUCUUCUUUGCAGGACUUGCAUUUAGUCUGACUUAUGAAGAGCUCAACUAUGAGCCAGAGGAUGAGAUGGGAGCAGUCAGAAUUACUCAGGGAGCAGUCCACCUUUUCCAUCAGCAACUGGUGAAAGUUUUCCACAUUAGUAGCUCAUGUUAGUACAACCUAUAGUAUACCACAAUUUCUUCAAAAUCUGGAAUGAUUACCAGUGUAACUCUGCCAACAAUCACCAUACCUAGUAGUACUACAUAUAGUGCAAAUUUCAAGGGGUUGCACUCCCGUUCACCCAUGCACAAGAGCAUCCUAAAGGGUAGAAGUAAAUGUAUUACACUGCAGCAAAGCUUUUGGGGGGAGGGGGAGGAGAAAGUGUUCAGAGAUUGGCACUUAAUGAAGUGCGAAUCUUGCAGGAAGGAAGUCAGCAAGAGGAGAGUAUUGGUGCCAGGAUGAACCAUCAUAAGGCGGUUUUAUUGAGGGAAGGGGCAGGCAGCAUAGCUGCUAUUACCACCACCAGCUCUGUAGAAGUGACAGGGGAGGUGUCCAAGAGCCAAGAAUUGCUGCUACUACCAGUCAACCAUUGCUGUCUGGAGCAUCACAACGUGUUCUGCCCACCCUGGGACAAUUUGGAGGACUGCACUUCAGGACUAUGUUCAAACAGCAGGCUCAUAAAACUACACAACUUAUAGGCCAAUAGUCUUGACUGCAGCCAAAAUUUAUUGCCUAACGAAAAUUAGUUUAGUCUAUACCAAACUAUCUGCUCAUUCAUUUUUGGACAAAAUUUGGUCAUUGUUCUAAUUUCAAAUUUUAUAUAUUACAAGGAGUGAGCCAUGAGCCAGUAGUUAACAUCUUGUAAUAUAAAAAAUCUCGUCCAGCAAGAAAUUUGUUUUAUUUAAGUCAUUGUAGUUUGCAUUCAUUCAGUAGUCUUUCAAACAAAUGGACAAACAGGUGAAAUUCAGGCAAAACUAUUUGUCCAAAAACAAAUCCCGAUGUUAUUGUUGUUAGCGUUGCUUUCUUAUCAAUGAUAGAGCCUUUCAAACAGUUAAUGGAGGCCAUGGCUCCACAUUACCAUCUUCGCUCAUGGUCCACUUUCGGCAGGAAGCAACAUGACCUCAGAUCAUCACUCUGAAGUUCAACGCAUUUUACGAAGUUCCCUGGGGGCAAGAUGUUACCUGAUGUCUGACACAACAAUGUAUUCUCUUAACAAUGUAGAAAUAUUAGUUUCACAUUUGUUAUAAUGCACCUCCCACCUGAAAUGCCUACCAGCGGGAUUUUUAUUAUGCCAUGUUUCUGGCAUGUAUUACAAUAUGGCAACUUGCUGGUACUGUUUUUUUAAGGCAACUUAACAUGGGUAUUGAAGGAAAAAGGGGAGUAAAAAUUUUUUUUUUUUUUUUUGGAAAACCUAUUGUGCUUUUCAUGCUUGCCCACGGUGAGGUGUUAUCAAACUUUACGUACCUUAGUAUUCAACUUUAGGCAUCCUCGCUGUUUUGUGUUAUGCCAUCUUUCUAUGAAAACAGAAGCAGCAUCUUUGUCAUCUGCUCUCAGCUCAGCUGAGCUUACCUAAUCCUUGCCCCUUAUGGGGAUAGUUGUCAUCCUCUUCUGAGCAGCCUGGAAGGAAGUCUACCUGCUCAUUGAUGCACUAUUUUGGCCAUAGCCAGCCACCCUCCUAUGUGACUUUAUACCCGUAACCUGCUAACCGAUGCACACUUGUUCGUUGCAACUGUGUGUUUGUUUUAUUCCAUGCCUCAAGCAUGUGAUGCCUUUUGCAUUAUCUUUUAUAUCAAAUAAUCUAGGAUAUGUUUAUCUUCCGAUGUUCUGGAGGAUUCACACAUGAUCUUAAGCACAUGCAAAUGUUCUACUACAUGUGUACGGCUAUGCUGUUACAUUGACACCUGAGUACAAGUUGGUUUGAGUACCUUGUGUCUUUUAAUCAAGUUACAGGAUUUUGUGUUGUAUAGAUACCCAGGUAAAAGUGUAUUUUAGCGUAUUUUAUUUACCAUUUUGUUAACGUGUAGGUUAUGUAAGGUUUUGAGCAAAGCACAAUGUUGAUUUUUAUUUUAAAUAGUCAGUCAGGUGUUCCUUCUUAAUAGUACAUUCUAUUAAGGAUUUACAUCAGGUAGCCAUAACAAAAAAAAUGAAGGAUAGAAUGGUAAAAAUAAUAAAAUAUGCUAAAGUACACUUUUACCAGAUACCCUGUGUCGUUUACAUGGGUAUCAUAGUGUUAUGUGGAUUUGCAUUUCAUAAGCAAAAUAAAUUUGUUGAGAAAAUAAUCUAUAUAUAUAUAUAUAUAUAUAUAUAUAUAUAAUAUGAGAGAGAUUUGUUUUCCUGCAUGUCUUGAAGCAAAUUGUGAUCAAGGCUGGGCUUUGAGGCUGCCCAUAUUGAGUCUCUCCAGAUUGGUUGCUGCAAAUUUUGCAUUACAUAAUGGGGAUAACUUUAAAGGACCACUAUAGUGCCAGGAAAACAUACUCGUUUUCCUGGCACUAUAGUGCCCUGAGGGUGCCCCCACCCUCAGGGUCCCCCUCCCGCCCGGCUCUGGAAGGGGGAAAGGUAAGCUUAAAACCCCUACCUUUCCAGCUUGGCGUGUAAGCCCCUCUCGCCUCCCUCCCUCCCAUUCUUCCUGGCUGGAAUGCGCGGCAAGUACAAAAAGGCCAAGAUUCAGCCGGUGUCGCGUGAUACAUUUACACGCUUUUCUAUGGACGCUAUGCUCCUCACCGUGAAAAUCACAGUGAGAAGCAUUUAAAGCUCUAGUGCCGCCACGACAGCCACUCAGAGGAAUCGGGAAGGGCUUAACCCAUUCAUAAACAUAGCAGUUUCUCUGAAACUGCUAUGUUUAUGAAAAAAUGGGUUAACCCUAGAAGGACCUGGCACCCAGACCACUUCAUUAAGCUGAAGUAGUCUGGGUGCCUAGAGUGGUCCUUUAAGCUUGGAGUAACCUUUUUUUCCAGUAAAAACUAGUUUACUCUGGGAUAAAUGGGAAUAUGAAUGGAGAAGCUGUAAGGAUAUGGGAAGGAAAGAGUGUGACAGAGCAAAAGGACCUUUUUAGACUUCUUAUAUAUAAUAUUGUGCAGAAAGGUAUUCAGUAGGAGAACCUCAGGUGAGUCUGGGAUGGUGAAGGAGAUUGUGCAAAGUAUGAAUAAUUAAACCUCUGUCCAGAAUGUCCCAGAAGACAUGAGACAGUGAACCUACUUCUUUACCACAAUACUAGCACCUAUCAGGGGAUCCUGGGUAUAUAUGUGACAGUUGGGUUGGCACGAAGUACCAAUGCAGGAGUAGUUUCAUGCUUGUCUCCCAGUGAGCAGAGCAAUGUGAGGUUUUUAUCAUUUGGCCUACCGCUGUUUUAUUGUUUGCCAUGUUUGUAGUGGGAAACUGCACCUAGUUUUGCUUCUUACUGUCUCAUGUACUGGAGUUUUCUAAGCGAAGGAGUGAAGGAUAUGAUUGAGGUAAGUCAAACUUUCAUACAAUUGAUGCACAUAUGUCAGAGUUCCAAUAAAAGUUAAAAAAAAAAUAAAAAUAUAUAUAUAUAUAUAUAUCUAUUUAUUUCUCCCUCCUUCUUGUUACCUUGGGACAGGGAGGGGGGAAAUGCCUAUCCUAGGUGAUCCAGCAUGGAGAGCUUUUGGUGUACUCCCACUGAUUGCGCUGACCUACUGAAAUGGCUCAUGUGAGCUCCAGACUCAUAUUAUCAGAAUGUUGCCUUGGUAAUAAAUCUGCUGCAAUUUUCUGAGACUAGGUUGAGACUAGAAGCUGCCUUCUCCAUUCCCCCAGCUCUGUUAUGCACUCAUUGCACUUGAUGACUUCCAGCCAAAGCUCACGGGCUGCCUCGGCAUGGAGAGGAGCAUAAGGAUUGGGCUGCAGGGCUGAAAGCUAAAGGACUGUACUGGGUGUCACCUCGUCUGAAUGUGACUCCCUGUGCAGUCUGCACCCCUCUAGUGAUGCUACUGGUAUAGGAGUCCAAUAAAUUGUUUUCUCACUAGAUGAGACAUGCGUUGAGCCUUUUGUGUGUUUUGGAGGAUACGAUGAUCCAAUUAGCUGACUGGGGUUACUUGCACCAGAACUGUCAUGUCCAGGAUAUUUAAUAUUAUGUUUACUUAUCCCUAUAUAUAAUGCAUAUGGAUUUGUGUGGUGUAAAAUAAAUAAAUAAAUAAAUUAAACGUAUAAAUCUACAUUCCUUUAUCCUGUAACUAGGAGCCUCUAUCUUAGCUCCCUGUCAACAAUCAUUGUUAUAAAUUCUGUCAUUUGCACUUGGAAAAAAAACAUGCAAUGAAGUGGAGUAAUGAAGCAAUAUUUGUACUUUUCCAAUGUAUUAGCUGUUUGCCCUAACUUUUCUUAAAUUUAAAAGUAAACAGAGCAUAUCAUGAAAACAAAAAAUGUUCUUUCAGUUUUCCAUUUCUUAUGGCCUUUAUAUUUAAAUCAUUAUACUGCCCCCAUUGGCUCUACCCAUUAUAUUUUCUUCCUUGCACAAGAUUCCAAGACCUGUGCACCUGCAUUUUCUUCUCCUCUGUCCUUCUGUGACUGAUGGAUUGUUUAUAGAUUAGUUUAGCAGUCUGCCCAUCACCAAAAAUGGCCAAAGAUCACAUCCGCCUAAGAAAAAGUCGUUCCUACUUUAUCUUAUGCAUAACUAAAAAAAGAAAAAAAAAGUGAACUAAAUGUUUUUUCAAAAGCAUGGAGAAAUAGAGUGAUAAUUUUUUUUUUUUUUAAAUGAAAGGAACACUAUAGGGUCAGGAACACAAACAUGUAUUACUGACCCUAUAGUGUUAACCAUCUAGCCCCCCUGGGACCCUUCUAAAUAUAGUAAAAUCUUACUUGUAUUCAAGUCUGCUGCUGCUGGUUCUGCCCCUGAUUUGCCUGCUUGGAUGACAUCAUCAGAAGUGAUUUGAGCCAAUCACAAUGCUUUCCCAUAGGAUUGGCUGAGACUGUCAAGGAGCCAGAUAAGGGGCAAAGACAGUACAAGUCAAACACAGACCUGGCCAAUCAGCAUCUCCUCAUAGAGAUGAAUUAAAUCAAUGCAUGCAAAGGGUGGAGAAAGCUCAAUAUCAGUGCUCCAGGAAGCACCUCUAGUAGCCAGUGGAGGUAUUCGUAGGCUGUAGUGUAAACACUGCAUUCUCGCUGAAAAAAAAACGGUUUACUGCAAAAAGUCUGAGAGGAAUGAUUAUACUCACCAAAACAACCACAAUAAGCUGCAGUUGUUCUGGUGACUAUAGUGUCCCUUUAAUUUAAAACCAAAACCUGCAAAUGACAGAGCCGCUUUAACACUAGUUAUAUAUUCCAGACAAGUGACAGUUCCUCUUUAAGCUCCAAUAAAUGUCAUAUAUUUGAUUGAAUUCCUAGAAUAAAACUAAACACAUUUGGAAUUUAUAACUAAUUUAACUGCUUCUGUUGGAUAUUCUUAAAAGCUUUACAGAAAAAUAAAGUGUACAGUCGUAUCUACUUACAUGACAGGCGUAUAGUCGUACCCUUGGAAAAUACCCAUACAUACCCAAUAAUGCACGGACAUCAAUAUGUUGGGUAAAAUUCUGUCCACAGCUUUUAAUGCAAUGCAUAGAAUGGUUAUCUACAAGCCUGAGGUACCACAAUGGCAUUCCUCCGACUACAUAUCAAGCUUUACAUUUGGGAUAUGAGAGUGGACAUGCACAUUUUUUAUAUAUAAAUCUGUAGUUUGGAGUGUAGUGUUAUAUAUAGCAAUGAGCAGGAUAUUUAGUUUGUUCUCAAGAUGCAUGCGGGUAUGCUUAUACAAAAUAUUCUGUCCUUAGGGAUUCGUAAAAGGAAAACCAUUAUUAAACAUGUUUGAGUUAGUAGUUGCGUGGUCAUUAAUAGCUAUUUAUUCAAGCUGUGGAUACUCAGGGUUAUGAGAUAAAGUUUACCCUGCUAAGUGAGCUGCCCUAUAGAACAUUGGUGUCAGCGUAAUCAUCUAAGUAUCAUUCUGGUGUUGCCUCUUAAGGCGAGUAUAGUGAUGAACUAGUAGGUAAGUAUGCUAUAAUGCUUAACACACAUUCAGACAGUCUCUCGAGGUCGUAGUGGUGGGGGAGUUCUUCCUGCUAGCGUGUACCUUGAUUGGAGCAUUGUCGCCACGGGCCCGGUGUCCACCGGUUGUCAGUUGCGUCCAGACUUGGGUCUCACGUCUGAGUACCGUGUCAGCAGGGCGGAGCCGUGGUGUCUCGGAUGCGGGAAUCCUCUCCUGCCCCGGAGCUGUGAGAGAGCUGGUGCUUGUAGGUCACAAGCCUGGGAACCUUCGCGGUCCAGGGUCGGCCCUUUCGGAUUGGUGCAUGGAGUCUGAGCAGGUCGCUUGGGUAUUUGUCUUGCCGCUCUCCGCUUGUGUGGCCGGCACCUCUGGGGCACUCCCCUUCUUGCUCUCAGCCCGGGAGGGCCUUAGAUGUGGGAAUCUGAUGUGUGGGUCUUAGAGUUGAGGAGGACCCCCAUUCAACCGUCUGCCAUCGGCUUUUACCCUCGUGGGUAAGUUUUUUGGCAAGUCGCUGCAGGCUGUAAGCAUGCCUAUAAUUUGGCCCAGAAGCGGUUAAAGAGUAUAGCGAUGGGAUCUUUUGCGUGGUCCCCGGUGUUCGCUCUACCAGGUUGUUGUCCGCCAUCUUGAGUGCACCUGUCUCCGCGUUGCUAGUGGAGGGCGUUGUGCCUGGGAUAUCCCCCACCGCUCCACGGGGAGGUGCAUGUUUUGCAUUCGCAUGUUGCAGUUGGUAUCUGGCGGGAAGGCGGACGUCCUUCGCCCCUGCCUCCGCUAGGCCUCACUUUGCUACCACGGUUCCUGGUCGGGCUGGGUAUCAAGUUUGGUACCGGCAUGUUCGUGGCUGCUGCUACUUGCCAAUGGGCCGGUUUGUGGGGGAAUCACAGCAAUUAGUCUCCGGUUAUCUGCAAAGUUUGGGCCCUCACUGCAGGAGCUUGUGUAGUGUGCAUUUGGUCAGUUUGCCAGCUCGGCUCUGCCCCCUAUAAUAUAAAUUUUAAUACAAAAAGUAAUUGUGAAACAAACCCUAUGACACAGUAUACAACUAACCCCCCCACAACAUUACAACGACAAUCACCCCAAUAGUAACAACAUAAAUAACAUCAUGAAACAUAAUAACGUGCAAAAAUUUGCCCGAAUGAUCCAAAGUAGGGGUAUACCGAGAUACCUACACCCCCAGGUUCUGAGCCACAGACCAGCUUGAAACCUACCAUACCAACUUGCCCAAAUGAUCCAAUGUAGUGGUAUACCGAGAUACCACUACACCCCCAGGUUCUGAGCCACAAGCCAGCUCAAAACCUACCAUACCAACUUUUAAACCCACAUAAUUAAUUAAAUCCCUAAUAACCCAUUCAACCCCCCCCCCCCAAUUUACCUAUCCAGUUCCCUGCCACAGCUCAGACCUUGACCCCUUAAGAUAUCUGAGCACCGCCACCCCCAAUAUACAAUGUCCUGGCCAAACCUUCCUGUAUUCCCAAAUUGAAACGGUGGAGACCAACAUCCGAAAGAUACACCCCAUACAUACAAAAAUAACCUGGCAACAUUGAUUCCAGCCCCAGGUGCCUAAUCACCCGCUAUCAAUUUAUUGACCUAAAGCAUGCCUCCAGUGAAACCGGGGAACCAUUUCCAAACAAAUAACCACUACCCUUGCCACUAACUCCUGCAAUUGGUCCACAUCCCUUUUCAUUUGUUUAACCAACUCCAGCUUUUGCACCUGCCCCAGGUCACUGGGAUUUGCCCCUGUGUCCACGUAAGCUGCCACUGAGCCAGAUGCGCCAGUAGUGGAACUGGUCUUACCCCACUUGAAGAACCUGCUGAGUCUGUGGGCUCCUCUAAAGCCAAGGCACUUGUGCUUGAACUUACAGCCGGUGCCCCACUUACAUUAGCUAUAUAUGAGUAGCCUGAAAAAACUUAAGUCUAGAUAACAGAACAAGGCAAGGAUGCAAAAAGCCAUAACCAAUUACCAAAAGACUUAGGUAUCUUCUGAUAACGCCGCCUUUUAUCAUUCCCCACUUCCUUUACAUCGUUCUUAUCCUCUUCAUUCAUGUCAAUGAAUUCUUCUAAGGUUAAGCGAAAAUAUUCCCAAAACUCCCCCUUCAAUUUUUUUUCUUACAUCUUUUGUUGUAAAUAGACCACCGGAACCCCCUGAAAAGGAUACUUAAGCAUUCUGUCUGGCUGCACCAAUAAUGCAGCCAGACAGUUCCGUGACCUACGCACCCGAUGCUGCCACUACGUAAGCCCCAACACUCCCUUCAAUCUACGGAACUACAAUAGCAUUGCCCCCAACCUUUUGACCCCGCAUGUGGUACCCAAACUUGCCCAAAGCCUGACCUGUUUCCUGUCAUUGUACCCCACAAAUUUAGAAAAGAUUAAACCUUCUAGUAAAUUCCCACCAUGUAGUGCAGUAUUUAUCUCACCACCGAAUCCCCAGUUGCCGAAAACUGCGGGGAUGCCUCUCAUAGUCUUCCAGUUUCGGAAACUGCUGCUACAGCUGCUGGCAUGGAUCAUGAAGCUUGGUUCCUAAAUGAAACCGCUGAUGAUCAACUCCCAGACCUUCAAGAAGAAGUAGUCCUGGGUAGUCUGUUCCUACCAACACUGUCCCUUCCUUAGCUGGAGUAAGUAACCUGCCAUCACGUUCCCAAGUGAGGCCCACCUGCCUGAGUGGGGGAUCUUGUUUCCCUGUAAAGACUGUGGCCCCUAGGACCAACUCUGUCCUCUGCCAUUGUUCCCAACCCCUCCCGGGCUGCUGGUACAUGCUUAUCACUCCUGCUGCCAGAGUACUCCUGUUCCAGUUUCUUGCCAUGAUGAUCACUGGAUCUACUAUGUUCUGAUCUGACACCUUUCCUGUCAGCCUUAAGCCUCCUGCUGUCCUGAACAGCACCCAUGAUGUCCUGGGCCCUGCUGUGAUGCUUUUGCUGCCAGACCCUUUGAUAAACCUGAAAGAGAAAAGGGAAUUCUCCCAGGCCUGAAGCCCCACCAGCAGUGCUGGCAACAACAACAACAAGGUCUGUGAGAAGACAUUAGAAUGGGAACAUUUUAAAAUAGCUGCCUUACGUAUCAGCCUGCACAUCCCAGAUAACUAGCCAAUCCAAACACACUAAUUUUAUGGCAAGACAGGAGGCUUCAUAUUUGCUUUAACCUUCUUUACUGAACCUCCCAGCAGCAAAGAAAUAGUUAAACAUAUAGUGAAAAAAUCAACCAAUCAGGACACAUAUUAGAACAUAACAGUCUGUCAGGCUCCUCCCAAAUCCUCUUUCUUUGCUGCUUGCCUCCCAGGUGAGUCUAUUCCAAUUAUAGCUCUCUAAUAUAUAUAUUAUUGACCUACCUUAUUUAGUUUUUUUCCAUAUAUUUUUUGACUCCUUUAAUUAACUUUCCCUGUCUCUUAUUUCCAUGAGGUAAUGGUGUGUUUAUUUUAUCUGUGCACUUUACCACAUAAACCUUUUCACAGGUCAGCCCACUGUUCAGUCCCUUCCCUGUGCUUUUUAUUUAUGACUGACUGGGUUUUUUUGUAGUAAAACCUUAAUAACCUUUUCCUUGGUGAAAUUAUCUUCAGACCGCGCCACUGCUGUGGCUGCGGUCCGUUUUAAUCACGCCCGCGAUCUAUUUCCGUACCGCCCGUUUUUUCGCGUCAUUUGAUUGACACGCAGUUUCCCGCCUUCCUCCUUCUAUGCCGGCGGCCAUCUUCUGUUCGGCGGUUAGUUUCCGUUCGCGCGCUUUUUCGGUGAACAGCUCUCUGCUACUGGAUUGCAGCUCUGUUAGACGGUAAGUUUCAUUGCCCCCUGCUGGUACAUUUUGUUAUUACAUCUGAAUAUUACACAGAACACUUGCUUAUAUUAGCCUAUUUGUGUUUUUAUUUGCAGAUUGCUCUCAAACUAUACUAUACAGCUCUAUGCCUAUUAGAGGGUGACCCCCUCUUGCCUUUUUGAUUUAAGGGUGAUCCCCUUGUGCCUCUUUAUUGAGGGUGACCCCCUCGUGCCUUAUCUCUCAGGGUGAACCCCUUAUAUAUUUUAUUGAUUUGCACAGGUUACCCCUGUCAUUAUUAUAUUGACAGUUUAACUGCCAUAAUUGUGGAUGAACCCCACUUGGUCCCCUUAAAGGUGACUGCAUAUUAUCUGGGUGAACCCCAAUAAGACAGCCCCUGCUUUUACUUGUUUUGUGUAAAGUUUGUUAAUAUAUAUAAUAAAAAAAGAAUUUAUAUAAAAGUUGUUUAAUAUACCUUUUGGUAUACUGAUUCUGUGGUGACCCCACUACUAUUUUACUGGUCACCAUGUCGGACCAACCAGAACCUGCAAUGUCAGCAGAAUUAAAAGUCUGGCUUCAAGCUGCAAUUGCAGACUCUAUCCCCAAAGCCUUGGCAGCAUUUCGUGACCAGACAGCCACUACUGCCACCAUCUCGCAAUUGUCAGACUCUGAUGAUUCCAGGGUCUCUGACCAUGUCGAAGCCCCACGUAAACGCCCGUGGAAGGGUAACAGUGCUUCUGCUGGCAAAGGCAAAGCCCCAGCAAAGACAGCUAAAUUGUCUCAUGCCAAACGCACUUUGACCUCAGAAUCUGACCUCUUAAAGGACUCAACCUCUGGCUAUCACCUACGAGUGAUAGACGAAUACAAUGCGUAUCCAGAGGAGGAUCUCCCCGGUGACCCUUCCCCUUCUGAAUUUGUUACAGAGACUUUCCUCCUACCCCAAACCCAGUCCUUUCAGGACACUGACCCUAUGUCCACUACUAAUUUAGACAAUUCUAAGGACGAUAUCCUACUGGAUACCAAUGGUUGUCCUCUAUUUGACCCACGCUGCAUCAGACACCCUCGUUCAGCGGAAUGGACACCCCCUGAUCACAUUGCAAAAUAUUGCAGAUUAUGGCUUCGUAAACCCUUAGAAAAGGAGAUUAGGGCCAAAUUAAGAGCAGAAUGUCCACGGCCUAUGAUCCCUGAUAAGGUGGCUGUCACCCCUGAACUUGACCCACUCCUGGUCACUUUUCUAACUAAGACGGGUAAAGAUCCCCGCAAGGGAAUCGAAGUUGGCUUAAAAGCCACCCAGGACAAGCUGAUGGAUAUAGCAGGCCCGCUUAUCCAGAUUUUUAUAAUUGCUGAUGAGACGCUAGCAGGAGGCAAUUUUGAUGCACACAUGGUGCGUGAAUGGGCACAAAGAGCGUUAUGCCUGUUAGGCAACGCCAAUGUAGCUAUUUCCGUUGAACGGCGUAAAGCCGUGUUAUAUAAAAUUGAUGCCAAAUUGGCAGAACUAGGCACCAAAGAACUUGGUCCAGAGGCUAACGGACUAUUAUUCGGGGACAGGUUCAUACGAGACCUGAAUAAACACGUAUCCGUGUUUACCUCCCUUAACAAGGCACAAUGGAACCUUCGCAGGGUGUUCAGACCCCAGCGUUUUUCCGGGAGAGCUGGUCGCUAUAGGGGCCGAACGACUGGCAGAGCUGCCUUCACAGGCUACAGGCCUCAACCAGCAGACUCAUGGAAUUCGGGCAAUACCCGUUUCUACCACAAGCAGUUCUUUCACUCUAGACGUUCCAUCAGAGGACGUGGAUAUGCUUCCCUCCGGGGCCGCACUGCUUCAGGUAAUCGACUUUCCUUAUUCUCAAGUUCCUAUUGCAGGUCGGCUAACCCUUUUUUUCCAACAGUGGUCUCUAUUAACUCAGGAUCCAUGGAUCCUUCAAACUGUAUCUGGUUUCCAUAUAGAUUUUGCAAACGACCCUCUACAAGAGUUCCCCCCUCCACCUCUGCACAUGUCUCAAGAGGACAAUGCGACUUUGGAGGCCGCGCUAAACGACCUUGUCGCCAAGGGCGCUAUAGAACGUUCUCGGUCCCCUCACAGAUUCAUAAGCAACAUAUUUCUGGUCCGAAAACAGUCAGGGGACUUUCGACCAGUUAUCAACCUGAAAGACCUAAACACUUUUAUUGUUUACCAACAUUUCAAAAUGGAGGGUAUCCACCUCCUUCGAGACCUACUCUGCGAGGGAGACUGGUUCUCCCGUUUAGACUUGACAGAUGCUUACCUCACGGUUCCUAUAACACCGGCCCAUCGCUGUUUCCUACAGUUCAGAUGGCAUCAAGACUUAUGGCAGUUCACAUGCCUUCCCUUCGGACUCUGUUCCGCACCCUGGUGUUUCACCAAGCUGAUGAAACCGGUCAUGGCCUUGCUACGCUCCCUAAGGAUUCGCUCCAUCAUAUAUCUGGACGAUAUCCUCCUUAUGGCUCGGGACCCAGGCACUCUACGCCUCCAUACAGACAUGACCACAGCUCUGUUACAAAACUUGGGGUUCGUGAUCAAUGUCCAAAAAUCCAUCCUCACCCCAUCUCAGGUGGUUCAGUUCCUGGGAUUCCAAAUACAUUCCGUUUUGGCUAUCCUACAACUCCCUUCAGUAAAGAUCAAGAACAUCAAAAAAGACAUCAGAAAAAUUCUAGCCUCUUCGACUAUCCGCCUUCGCGACUUAGCUCGCAUAAUCGGACUACUCUCCGCCUCAAUUCAGGCGAUCUUCCCAGCUCCUUUACAUUACCGAGCAAUGCAACGUCUGAAGACUCGCUCAUUACGUCACUCUGCAUCUUACGAUCAACAGAUCUCCUUGACAGACGAAGUCCGACUCGAAUUGAACUGGUGGCUACACCAUAUGGAAGCAUGGAAUGGGAGAGUGAUCUUUGGAUCACAGCCAGAUUACAUCCUAGAAUCAGAUGCCAGUCUUCUAGGCUGGGGUGCAUCAUGCGCAAAUCUCUCUACCGGAGGUCCUUGGUCCCCAUCAGAACGGGCAUUGCACAUCAAUUGCCUCGAGUUGAUUGCCGGGUCCUUUGCGAUUCGCAGUUUCGCAAAGGACUCCUACAAUUGUUCCCUAGUACGGAGAAUGGACAACAUCUCAGCUGUUCAAUACGUGAAUCGUUUAGCGGGAUCCCGUUCCAAAAUGCUCUCAGACCUCACAAAAGAACUCUACCGGGUUCCGACAACUUAGUCGCAGAUUGGUUCUCUCGACACUGGAGAGACUCCAGCGACUGGCAAUUGGACCCACACCUUUUUUACCGUCACCAUCUUCUUCGGGGUCCAUUCAAUAUCGACCUAUUUGCAUCUCGUCUGAACCGACAGACGGACACUUUUUUUCAGUUGGUUGCCGGAUCCGACCUCUCUGGCAGUAGACGCCUUCCUUCAAUCAUGGCCAAUGACCGGCACUUAUGCCCCCCCUCCGUUCUCCAUGAUCCUUCGCACUCUCCAUCAUCUCAGGACUCAGGGGGCCACAAUAACACUGCUGACCCCUUUGUGGCAUACCCAGCCAUGGUUCCCCAAUCUCUUGGAGAUGUCGGUGAAUUAUCCACUACUGCUACCUGUCACGCACGAUCUUCUCAAAGAUCCCGCAGGCAAUUUUCACCCUCUUAUGUUGCAGGGUCAUCUCCAGCUAGUGGCCUGGACUGUUUCAGGGGAUCCUGGAAUGCCGCAGGACUUUCGGAGACUGCUAGAGCACUCUUAUGGGACUCAUGGGCCCCCGGGACUAGACGCUCUUACCUCUCAGCCUGGCGAGUUUGGCAUCGCUGGUGCUUGGAAAGGUGUAUUGAUCCCGUUUCAGCUUCUUUGAUUAACGUCAUGAACUUUCUGUCCUCUCUUUUUGAUCAAGGUAAAUCCUACAGAUCCAUUAAUGUGUUUCGUUCAGCAAUUUCGGCAGCUCAUGGCCCCAUUGAUAAUACAGCAAUAGGUAAACACCCCUCCAUCUGUAGACUGUUGCAUGGCAUUCGUCUUGCUCGACCUCCUGUCCCAAAAUAUUCUCAUUUUUGGGAUGUUGCUCUUGUUUUGUCCUUCCUAGAGACUUGGCCACCCAAUGAAGCACUCUCUUUACGACAACUGUCGGCCAAAUUAGCUUUUCUCCUCUGCUUGGUUUCUUUUAGGAGAGUCUCUGAUAUUCAGGCAUUUGACUUUCACGCUAUUGAAUUCACGCCCCAAGGUGUAUGUUUCAACAUUUCUCGCCGCACUAAAACUAAUUCCUUAACGAUUACUUACCUUUAUUUUUCUGACAGACCAUCGCUUUGCGUUGCUCGUUGUGUCCAACACUACGUCGCCUCUACAUCACCUCUACGUCCCCCUAUGGGCCCCCUGUUUAUCUCAUAUGUGCGACCACACAAGCCAGUGUCUUGUCCCACGAUUGCCCGCCGGAUUAAAUGGCUUCUAGAUUCAGCGGGCAUAGAUUCAUCUUUUGGCGCUCAUUCUGUCAGAGGCACUGCUGCCUCUUCCGCCUUUAUAGCUGGGGGAUCCCUUGCAGACAUCCUAAAAUGCGCUGAUUGGUCUAGAGAAUCUACCUUCCGUACCUUCUAUUUUCGACAAUCGUCCCAUGCUUCUUUUUCUUUGGUUUCCACGCUUUAAAACAGCAAAUAUGAAGCCUCCUGUCUUGCCAUAAAAUUCGGGAUUAUUCUAGCGUUAGUGACUGAAUAAUCUAAAUUUUAUUAAAGACAGGAGGCGAAUAUUUUCCCACCCUAUUGCUCUCCCACCCAGAUUUUUUUCAGAUCACAUGUACUCUUAAAAAUUUUUCUAGGUUUCUUGUGAGACUUUAUAUUUAUCUGACUGUUUUUCUUGUUUGCUCUGUUUAGGUGCUUAUCAAUCUGCCUGGUUCUGAUUAUUUUAAAUUUUGCAAUAGUUAUACUCGUAAUAUCCAGGGGGUAGAUCUGUAAAUGUAGAUAUCUUGCGGACACCCAGUCCAAGUGACCAUACUUUCACGAUCUUUCUCUGUCUUUUAGUGUGAAGUUUCUCUACAUGAGCCACGAAGACUACGUUCCUUUGGUCUCUAGUAUCGGCUGCGUUCUGGUUUACAUGGUUGAUGGAUUACUCAAGUUUACACGGUUGACUACACUUAUGAUCGGCUGCAUCAGAAAGAGGAUUUGGGAGGAGCCUGACAGACUGUUAUGUUCUAAUAUGUGUCCUGAUUGGUUGAUUUUUUCUCUAUAUGUUUAACUAUUUCUUUGCUGCUGGGAGGUUCAGUAAAGAAGGUUAAAGCAAAUAUUCGCCUCCUGUCUUUAAUAAAAUUUAGAUUAUUCAGUCACUAACGCUAGAAUAAUCCCGAAUUCUGAAUGCCCGCCUCCUAGCUCUGUCACGGCCCUAUUCCACUAAGCUGUGCUGCUCCGUGGGCUACAAACAUGUCUGCAGAGUUCUACGCAGUUUUUAUUAUUCUGACAAACAAGAAGAUAGCACAACAAACAGUGAAAUCUGAAAACAGCAACACCUACUGACAGAACAGUAUAUAACACUUAAGAUAUAUACAGUACAUAAAAUACAUGAGCACAGUAUUCUAACACCCCCAUUCAACAACUACUCCUUAUGUUAAUACCAUUUUGGACCUUAGUUCCACAAGUCUGUUUCUUGUGAGCGACUUUGUCUGGAAUUCACUAAAAGAUGUCAUCUCUUCAUCAGCAAUCUCAUCUAUCUUCUUUAUUGUGUCAGGACUUAUGUGCUCAAAUCGCCUGUGCGAAGUGCAGAUGCAGUUUGAAUGCCUUUCCUCUUUGGCAGAAUUAACAUUUUCACUGCAGUUCUUUUGAUACAGUUCACCUGUGAUUUUAGCGUUUGCGAGUAAGUAUUCCACUUUUGUGAUGAUGCAACCAUCAUCUUGGAAGGUCACUAUAUUGCCUUGUUUUGUCAGCUUCUUUACUGACAAAACGCAUAGUUGCCAACAUUUGAAAUAAAUUUCCAGAGACACUUUGCAGCACAGCUAUCAAUUACUACCUUGAAAAUUUACCACACCCACUGCCGCAAAGCUCCGCCCACUACAUCCAACCCACAUAAUUAAUCUCCGCCUACUUAUAGUGAAGAUUACAGGGUCUACUCAAUAAUGAGAGAAUUACAGGGAAUUGAGAUGUUAAAUUUAAACUUAAGGCCAAAGUAGCCGAGUUGAAAAAAUUCUCCCAUUCAGCUGCACUAUUUCGACCUAAAGUUUGACAUUACCAUCUCAAUUCCCUGCAAUUCUCUCUUUACUGAGUAGACCUUUAUAACACCAAGUUCCCACCAACAGUACCAUGCAUCCUUGGUAUGCGACAUAUACAUUCCCAGCACAGCAUCUAUAUCAGGCAGGUGCAUAUUAUCACUUUUAGGUGAGUUGGGUAUCAGUGGUGACACUGUCAGUACAAAUAUAGAAAGACCUUGUGCAGAUUUGCUUCAGUAAGAAAGUUGUCUCUAUACCAUAGAACAUACAUUAGUUCACAAAAAUAAUUAUAUUGGGGAGUGAAUAUAUUAAAAAUAAAAAAGCUGAAGAUAGGAAAUGAAAGAUAUAGACGGAGAAUGUACAGAAUGGAAUUAAUUAGAGAAAUGGGAGUAAAAGGAAAACAUAUGCACAUAUUCCAUUAGCCCCUUUUCAUGCCACCAAUUCAACACGUUGAAUGUCUCAGAUUGAGGCUUCAGUCACCACUCCGCUGCUUCUGAUUCUUCUAGUUCCUGGAGUCUACGGGUAUUAUACAGAGAGCAACACUAUACAGGGAGCAAUGACUGUCCCAGGAUAUUAUAUACAGACCUAUAUUAUACAGAGAGGAGCACUGUACAGGGAGCACUGACUGUCCCAGCUUAUUAUACACACAGACCUGUAUUAUACACAGAGCAGCACUAUACAGGGAACACUGACUGUCCCAGCUUAUUAUACACACAGACCUGUAUUAUACAGAAAGCAGCACUAUACAGGGAGCACUGACUGUCCCAGCUUAUUAUACACACAGACCUGUAUUAUACAGAGAGCAUCACUAUAUAGGGAGCACUGACUGCCCCAGCUUAUUAUACACACAGACCUGUAUUAAACAGAGAGCAGCACUACACAGGGAGCACUGACUGUCCCAGCUUUUUAUACACAGAGACCUGUAUUGUACAGAGAGCAGCACUACACAGGGAGCACUGACUGUCCCAGCUUAUUAUACACACAGACCUGUAUUGUACAGAGAGCAUCACUAUACAGGGAGCACUGACUGUCCCAGCUUAUUAUACACACAGACCUGUAUUAUACAGAGAGCAUCACUAUACAGGGAGCAUUUACUGUCUCAGGAUAUUAUACACAGAGAGCAUAACUAUACAGGGAGCACUAACUGUACCAGGAUAUUAUACACACAUACCUGUACUAUACAGAGAGCAGCACUAUACAGGGAGCACUGACGGUCCCAGCUUAUUAUACACACACAUACCUGUAUUACACAGAGAGCAUCACUAUACAGGGAGCACUGACAGUCCCAGGAUAUUAUACACAGAGAGCAGCACUAUACAGGGAGCACUAACUGUACCAGGAUAUUAUACACACAGACCUGUACUAUAUAGAGAGCAGCACUAUACAAUACAAUACAAUACAGCGGAUAUCACAAUCCCUUCCUCUAUGGUUAAGUUAUGCAAAUCAUGUUUGGGCUGGACUAGAAGAUUGUACACACACAGAAAGAAAAGGUAGCCAUUUUCUGCAGCAAGGUCUCCUGCUUAAUGUGGGGGCGGAGCUUGAUGGUGGGAUUCGGCGCAUGCAUGCAUGGGUGGAGCUUACCAUGUGGAGGCGGAGCCUGCCUCCGCAAGGCAGAGCAGGAGCAUGUUUGUUAGGGAAGCAGCUGGGAAAUUGGAAGGGAGACUAUCAGUGUUCCCUGUAGCCCCAAAAGCCCCAGGCAUCUCUCUAUAGCCCCCAGCAUCUCCCAGCACCUCUGUCCUGAAUUACCUCUAACUGUAACAGGCUGUUACAGUCCGAGGGAAAAUAAUAAAAGCACAUGGAUCUGCAAGUAAAAUGGUCUCCUAUUCUUUCUGAUUCCAUUAAUUGCCCACUAGCUGUGCUGAUUUUUUUUGUUUUACUUUAAUCAAGUUCAGGGUGACCAGAUUCACCAUGUGUGCAGGGCUUUAUAUAAUAUUGGCAUAUUUAUACAAAAAACAUGAAAAGGGUUGCCCUGCAGUAUGUACAAUGCAUAGUCUGCAGGAUUCUUCAUUGCCUAAACACCUAUUGAUGGGCAGCACAUGAAAAGGGUUGCCCUGUAGUAUGCAGAAUUCAGAAGAAGGUGUAUAAGAUUAAGCAAUUAGGCAAUGAAGAAUCCUGCAUACUACAGGGCAACCCUUUGCAUGUGCUGCCCAUCAAUAUAUAUAUUUGAUAUGUGUCCCAGAAAACAUGUUGGUUCUGGUCACGCUGAUCAAGUUGAGUAAAGAAAUUCCUGUCAUUGGUCAUGUGACUCGUAUUUACUGAAUCAACGCACCAUGCAUGCAAAGAUGAAGUGCCACAUUUGGAUUGAAAAACAUGUUCAGUUUAAUCUGUUUCUUCCUUCACACUUUUGGCCUCCCGCAGUUGACCUUGUUUUGACAAUCUGGCUUUCCAAAUUCUGCAAUCUGUCUUUAAGUGACCAAAUUUCUUGCACAUAAAGCAUUUACGCGUUUCUUGCUGCGUAUUGCUGUUUUUAUUCUUAUUUAUCUUUAAUGCUGAUGCUGAUCUGGAAGCGCUUUCAUAGUUAACGCCUUCUGUUUUUCCCUUAUAUUUAUCCACAAGCUAUAUUUAUCCAAUGUCAGUGCAUCAUUUGGACGUGCAUCAAGUGCAGUGUUGUAUUUUGGAUAUGUGCUGCCCUAGGCAUGUAAAAAAAUCAGGCACCUCCCCAUCUAAAUUUGCCCCGCCCCUACCUGUUUAAGACGAACACGCAGUUUGACUGGCAGACACACACUGACACACCCAUUCACUGACAGGCACACACUCUCAGCUACACAUACAGUGACACAUUCACUGACCGACAAUGCAUUCACUGACAGAUACACACACUCACUAGCAGAUACACACUCACCCAAGGACAUACACUGACAGACACCCACUCACUCAGACACACAGUGACAAACAUGCACACAUUCACUCACAGACACAGAGGCUGACAGACACACACAUUAACUCACAGACACAAACUGACAGACAGACACACACAUUCAUUGGCAGAUACACACACACAUUCACUCACAGACACAUUCACUGACAGACACACACAUUAACUGACGGAUGGACACACACACUCACUGACAGACACCCUGAUACUGACACAUUCACACACUUAAAAAGUAUUAUAGAUAUUUUUAAAAUAUCAGUUUUGAUCCACCCAGCCUCCCUACAUUUGGGAGAGCUGGAGUGGAUUCUUCCCUGGGGUCCAGUGGAGCUGGCUGGGCUGGCUGCUGGACUGGCUGGGCUGGUGGCUUGCUGCUGGUCUGGCUGGUGGCUGGCUGUUGGAUUGGCUGGGCUGGCUGCUGGGCGGCAGGGCGUGCAGACAUACAGUUGUGGCAGCGAGGGAGUUGUAAUCCUCCUGCUCAGCUCACUCGCGUACCGCUCAGUGAUGUCGGGAGCAGUAUUGACUUCAAAUCCCAGCAUUACUGCGAGGCACGAGUCAGCUGAGCAGGAAAAGCUCCCCCUGCCAGGCACUUAGGGGCGCCUUUUUUUGCCGCCCCCCUAAAAGUGCAGCCCAAGGCAAAUGCCUUGUUAGCCUCGUGGGAUAUACACCACUGAUCAAGUGCUGUAACUAGUGUUUCAUCACUUUCAGGUAAAGCACUAAGUAACAGUGCUGCAACAUGAACAUCUUUUAUUACUUCUCCUAUACCUCUCAGUCGUUCAGCCAUUUCCAAUGUAUGUCUUAUAUAAGUUUGCAUUUCCUGGUCUUUCAUCAGCUUAGUCUGACAUAAUUUUCUAAUUAAAUACAGUAUAUUGCUGAUAUUAGUUCUUCCAUACACCUUGUGCAGUUCUUCCCAAAUUUCUUGAGCAGUUUCACAAUUGCAUAUACAGUAUGUAUUAUUUGAUCGUCAUCCUUGCACAGGGAGAAAAUGCUCUGCGAUUUCAGAUUCUUCUCUAUCCAGGACCAUUCAUCUGUGGCUUCUGGAGGUCUGGCAGAAUUUCCAUGUACGUACCUGAACGUUUUGUUGAAGUUGCAUUACCUGCCAUUUUUCUAUUCUUCCUGUUGCAGUCUUCACUCUUACUGUAGCAAACUUUGACUGGGCCCAUAACCUGCUGGGUAUUCUUAAAAGCUCUACAGAAAAUAAAGUGUGUACAGUCUUAUCUGCUUGCAAGCAUGUCUGCAGAGCACCAUGCAGGUUUUAUUAUUCUGAAAAACAAGAAGAUAUCACAACAAACCGUGGACAGCAUAGCACAUACAUAUAUGUUGUAGGAACAUUAAAGGAAGACAUACCAUAUUAAAAUCUUCAUCAAAUCACCAUCAGUCAUCUUCCUCCUCAAUAACAUGUUGCACUUGUUGAAUCGGGCACUGUCCUUGUUUCUGGUUUGUUUUAGAUGCUCCAUGUCUCAUCCCUUCCACCCCCAACCCCUCCCAGCAUCUCAUCCCCUCCUCCCAGCCCAUCCAUGUGUCUCAGCCCCCCGGUGUCUUAUUCUGACCUCCCAGCCCCAUCCAUCUGUCCCAUUCCUCCCUACCAGCCCCAUCUAUCUGUCCUAUUUCCCCAUCCCCUCCUGGACAUAUUGAUGUGUCUCUCCCCCUCCCCUACAGUACCUGUCCAUGUGUCUCUCCCCCUCCCCUCCUGUACCCUAUGUAUCUCUCCCUUCCUGUACCUGCCCAUGUGUCUCUCCCUUCUCCCCUCCUGUAACUGCCCAUGUGCCUCUCCUUCCUCCCCUCUUGUUCAUGCAUGUCUGCCCCCUCUCGUCCUGUAUCUGCUCACCACGGUACAGUACACGGUCUGACAGGAAGUGCUCUCUCAGUGAGCACUUCCUGGCAGACUGCAGUCCACUCAGCAAUGCUACAACAGCAGCAGGAGGGGAGCAGCACAGCAAAGCGUUCCCCUCCUACCGGUCACCAUGUUUGCACCAUGAUGAUUACACUUACCUUUCUCUUCUCCUGGCCACAAACACAAAAUGGCGGCGUGUCCGGGAAGCGUUCGUAAAGGCAGGAAAACAUAAAGCGUGAGUACGUAAACCGGGAUAUGCCUGUAUAAAAAAAGUGGUUUUACAGAAUACAUGAACACAGUAUUAUAACAGCUUCAAUUAGAAGCGAUGCUCUCAGAGAGGACAGACAAAAUGUUUGAACAUGAUACCAGCUAGCUGUUUAGACUAUUUUUAGUGACUGGUUAGUAAACUGAUGACAGAACCUGAGAUAGGAAUUCAUAUCAGUCUUGCUACCAGCAGUGGUUAAUAACCGUGCCAGACUGGACUACCAGGAUAUUUCCUGGUGAGCUGCCUCAGCUGGGGCUGGGAAGGGCAGGCUGCUAGGAGUUUUUCUCCGAGUGGCUUAUAAAUAAGCUAUUAAUAAUACACAGAGUUGUUCACUGGAGUUUCAGGUUCUGGGUAGAAAUGAACCAACUGGAAAAAUUAUCUUAGUCAGCUAUGCUUUUAGUUCGGCUACUUUGGCCUUGGGUCUGGUUUACCUUAAGUUCUCUUUGGUAAAUGAACCUGAUAAUCACUAAGCUUGCAUACAGUGGCGUACAUACUGGGGUCGCAGGGGUCGCGGCUGCGACCGGGCCUGGCCCACCAGGGGGCCCGGCGGCCCUGCGAUCCGGUAUGUAUGUCAGUGUGGCCAGCUUCUUCUCCUGGGGGGCCCAGGAGCUGGCCACCUCAGGGCCCCCGAGGCUGGCCCUGGUAUCAUCCGGCGGGCAGGCUGGCGCGCGAGGGAGCAUUCUCCCCUGAGUGCUCCCUCUUCAGCUCCCUCGUGCACCGCACUGAUGCCGGAGCCGGAAGAUGACAUCAUAUUCCGGCUCCGGCAUCAGUACGCGGCGCGCGAGAGAGCUGAACAGGAAGCACUCAGGGGAGAGUGCUCCCUCGCACGCCCGCCAGCCGGGUGACACCACUGGACCCAGGGAAUCCCCUCAGCUCUCCCAAAGGUAGGGAGGCUGGGGGGAUUAAAUUUUUUUUUUUAAACGUGUGUGAGUGAGUGUGUGUGUUAGAGUGUGUGUGUGUGUUAGAGUGUGUGUUAGUGUGUGUGUUAGAGUGUGUGUGUGUGUUAGAGUGUGUGUGUUAGUGUUAGAGUGUGUGUGUGUUAGAGAGUGUGUGUGUGUUAGAGUGUGUGUGUUAGUGAAUGUGUUACUGUGUGUCUGUUACUGAGUGAGUGUGUAUGUAUGUCUGUCACUGAGUGUGUGUAUGUCAGUAAAUUUGUGUGUCUGUUAGCUAGUGUGUAUGCGUCUGUUCAUGAGAGUGUGUGUGUGUCUUAAGCACUUACCUUUCUCCAGCUCUGGACUCCCUUGGCGCUGGGGUCUCUCCUCCCUGAUCCGCCUCUCAGCUCCGAAUGCGCAUGUAGGGCAAGAGCCGUGUGCGCAUUCAAACCGCCCAUAGGAAUGCAUUACUCAAUGCUUUCCUAUGGACGUUCAGUGUCUCACAGUGAGAAUCGUGGAAGCUCCUCUAGCGGCUGUCAAUGAGACAGUCACUAGAGGCUGGAUUAACCCUCAGUGAAACAUAGCAGUUUCUCUGAAACUGCUAUGUUUUCAGCUGCAGGGUUAAAACUAGAGGGAUCUGGCAGCCAGACUCCAUUAUUAGCUAAUCGAUUACCUAAUAUUCUACAAGGCCCCAACAGCACAGUUUUAUGCCGAAAUUUAUUUAGGAAAACCCUAGCUCAGCUGUUAGUGUAUUAUGGAUAUUUGCUGAUGUUUGCUCCUGUAGCUAUCUAUGCUAAUGUUAUUAUUUUUAUUUUACUCAUAUAUCAUUUUCAGUUUAAGCAACACAACUCAUUUAUUUACCUAUACCUUAGUUUACCUGAUCAAUGUUUUUAUCAUUUAAAUAUGUUCAGCCUACCAUAUAAUACCAAUCUGCUGGAUGCUUUUUAUUCUUUCAUUAUGGAUGUUAUACUUCUGCAUGUACUAAUAUAUUUACCAUUGCCUGCUACUUUUGUCAAUAUAUGUAAAUGUGUCACUGUAUCCAAAAUAAAAAAAAGUAAUGAUUAAAGAAUAUGGAUUUAUUAAAGUGGUUUGCUACACUUUUUUGGGGGAAGUUUUCAUUAUUUUAAUGUUUUUUUAUUUUCAUUUUUUUAAUUUUUUUUACAGGAAAUAAAAUGUAUGCGCUACCACAUGCCUGAUUGGUUGUAACUUGUUACUGUGUAACAUUUUGAGAGCAGUAUCAUUUGCGAAUAUAUUAUUGUUUACAGCUAGUUCGACUGGUGGGUUAUCUCGAUACCAGCACCUUACUGGACUAGACAGCAGUUUUUGUGUAUUUAGUCCUUACAUCUUGAAUUCUCACUUUAGUGAAUAUGCCUGUAGAAGACAUAUGUUUUUUGUCAAAGUGCUUGAGAACAAUUAAAAAAAUAUAGGGGAAGAUACCCAAAUACUACUUACACCAUCACCACUAUGAUAAAAAUUCAAAGUAAAUUUUAAAUUUAAGGCCAAAAUAGCCAAACUUGAAAAAUUCUCUGAGUCAGAUUUCCUACCAGUUCAGCUACUUCAGUCUUUCAUUUGAAAUUCUCUUUGAAUUCCCAACCAUGCUCACUAUAAUGUUAAAACCCUGGUAAUGUUUUCCAUAUUUUAAUACAUUACCCAUUUAUUAUUUACAAAAAAUAAUAAUAUUUCAUCUCACCCAUGGAGUGCCCCCUUAAAGUGAUAUUAUAGUCACCAAAACAACUUUAGCUUAAAGGGACACUGUAGUCACCAAAACAACUUUAGCUUAAUUAAGCAGUUUUUGUGUAUAAAUCAUGCCACUGUAGUCUCACUGCUCAAUUCUCUUUCAUUUAUGAGUUAAAUCACUGUUUAUGCAGCCCUAGUCAUACCUCCCUGCGUGUGACUUACACAGACUUUCUAAACUCUUCCUGUAAUGAGUCAUGGAAUGUUUAUACUUCCUUUAUUGCAAAUUCUAUUAAAAUUAGAAUUUAUUUUUCAAUAGCAGGAGAUAGAGAAGUUAAAAGUAGAUUACAUCUGAUUAAAAAUGAAACCAUUUUGGCUAGGGCUGCAUAAACAAAGACAAAAGUUAUUUAACUCCUUAAUGGCAGUGUAACUUCAGAGGCAUGAUCUAUACACAAAAACUGCUUAAUUAAGCUAAAGUUGUUUUGGUGACUAUAGUGUCCCUUUAGUGGUUUUAAUAAUUGUGUUUGCCGCAGAAAGGUAGGGACAGCUGUGUUGUUAUAUACCCUAAAUUUUAAUUGUAUUGCAGAGAUAUGAGGCUAGUGAAAGUUAGGACUUGUAUCAGUGACUCACAAGCACAUGAGCUGGGAAGCUUGAAUGAGAAUCUGAAAUCAGGCAUCAUUCCCUAAUAUUGUCACAUGAUGUCUACAGCCAGUUCAUAACCAGGAGGGAUGGGAGGCCUUGAUUUCUAUCUGCUUCAGCUGUGAGCAGCACAGCUCUUAUUUAAAGGAGGCAUGAGGAGUCCCAUGCAUUGAAUUAGUUUGUCAGAAUGAAGGAUCUGGUAUUGGGAGGGCUGGUGCUGCUCAGCCUUUGGCUGAUCUCAGGAAUCCAGGCUGUAAAACGUGAGUAUCUUGGAGUCAUGUGAGGAGAGAGUUAUCAAAGCAAAACAUUCUGAGCGUAUUGAGACAAGCUAAUGGUUUCUAUAGUGACGAGUCUAUUUAUGACUCGUGUUUAAUAACUUAAGGAACCUUCAGUUUUCAAAUCCUUCCAGACCCCUUAUGUUUACUAAUCACACUGUGGCAGCUGGCUAAGUAGACCAUGUGGCCUCUUCUAAUGCUCCUGUGGCAUUCGAAUCUACCAUAUUCUAAUCGAAUCUAUGCAGGAUACUUAUGAAAAUGUAGCUGUGGUUCUCAUAUGAAGCUAAUAUUGGAUGUUCCACACAGAACUUCAAUGUGCUCUAAAUGAUCCAUCAGUGUGGUGGUUUGUUUUCUCUUUAACCUCUUAAGGACCAAACUUCUGGAAUAAAAGGGAAUCAUCACAUGUCAUGUGUCCUUAAGGGGUUAACAGAUUUUUGUUUAAUGUUUCAGUUGAUGCUGUAGUGACUAUUGCCUAUAUUCCUCAAAUCUCUACUAAACUCUUGCCAGCUAGUCAAAUGAUUGAUUUCCUCUUAAGCCAGAUCAUCUGUUUAACCUUGCCUGUUGUUAUUUGGGCUUCUACAGUUUUAUUAACCAUAAGGGCUUAUCACUAAAUUUAAUUGCUACAGGAGGGAAUUUUAGAUUGUGAGCUGGGAAACAAUCAGUUUUCCAAGACUGACUGUUAACUAAACCCCUAAAGUAUUUGUAAACUCAACUGUUCAGGCAGAGAUGUUCAAGCACUGAAGACUAAAUGUUUAUAACUGUAAGGGACACACCACUGUUCAAAAAAAUCUCUAUUUAGUAGAUAUAUCCAAAUGAGAAUCUGCAUUGCACUUAAUAUGUGCCAUAAUUAAUGGCGCAUUUUUUUUCAUUCAUGAAAAUUUAAAGGUAAAAGACAAGAUGUGAAAAUCAAGGAUUACUCUUUCCAUGUGUAUCAGUCGGGUGGACAAAACCUGACAAUAGGCAGACCAGAACAAUGUUGGAGUUGCCCAUCAAAUUCAUUUAUCAAUCCCACAGAUGGGCAGACCGGAACAAAAUGGCUACACCCAGAGAUUGAGAUCUGGCGAAAGGAAGGAAAAAGAUCUAAAAGAUGGGAGUCUAGUCAUUAAAGGGACACUUCACUGCCCAAAGAAGUCAUUGUAUAGUAGAUAUACCCCAAAUUAAAACUGCAUGAAUUUAAUUACUUGUUAAAAUGAUAAAUAUUAAUCUCUUAAUAUAAUUAACAAAUGAGUAAUAUUUUUAUAGUUCUCGGUAAUAUGGUCUAAUAUGUGAAUUGAAGAUACACAUACUGUAAUAAAUGUACAUUCAGGGCCAGAUUAAGAGCCCAGUGGACCUGGUGCUGACAAUUAUGAUGGGCCUAUUUACAGAAUCUUAUUGACUAAAACAAUCAUACCUCCCAAGCAUCAUGUAUCUGAUGGAGAUGGUGUUGGAAGGAAACUCAAAGGAUGCAGCUAUAAGAAAACACAUACUCUAAGCUAAUUUAUGCUUUCAAGUAAAUCCUAACAGCCGUGUCCAGUGAAGCAGGAAGUCAAUGGGCAGGGUAAAAGAGUAUGCCACUGGUGCGAAUCACGUGACCUGACCUGCCAAAAGAGGGUGAACAUGCCCAAAAAGGGGGCAUGCUUGUCCAAAGAAUUGGAAGGCCAGCCUGGCAUGAAUGCAUGUCAUACUGUCUGCCAAUCAUGCAGGCGUUCCAACUAAGGGUAUACUAUGCAGGCAGCACCCUGAGCUUGACAUAAAUGCACCAAAUGAUGCACCUACUCCAAGCUUUCUAAGGACUGCCCCUAGCACUCACAUGUCCACUUGUCAUCUUAUCUUACAAGCAGGCAGAAUUUCCUGGUAUAAAGUCAGGGACAGGGAAAAGGGGUGUGUUUUAAAGAAAGGGGACAUGUCACAGUGUUAGAGACAAAAGUCUGCAUUAUCUAAACAAAUGUUAUUGUCAGCUAGUCCACACAAAUUUUGUUCCCAUGCAUCCCUCUUAAGCUUCCAAACUUAAAGGGACAAUAUAGUCACCAGAACAACUACAGCUUAUUGUAUUUGUUCUGGUAAGCAGAAUCAUUCCCUCCAGGCUUUUUGCAGUAAACACUGUCUUUUCAGAGAAAAUAACUCUGAUGGCUGCUAGAGGUGCUUCCUGGGGCAGUACUGCCUAGUGUGCAGCACUGCCAUUCAGUGUCUCCACCCUCUGCAUGCAGACACUAAACUUUCCUCAUAGAUUCAUUUAAUCAAUGUAUCUUCACAAGGAGAUGCUGUUUGGCCAUGGCUAUGGUUGACUUGUGCUGGCUCUGCCCCUAAUCUGUUUAGUUGACCGUCUCAGCCAAUCCUAUGGGGAAUCAUUGUAAUUUGCUCAGACUACCGCUUCUGAUGUCAGCAGCUGCAGACUUGAAUACAAGUAAGAUAUUACUAUAUUUAGGGAGGCAAGAGGGGACCAGGGGGCUAAAUGGUGGUCUUAACAUAAUAAGGAUUGUGUUCCUUUAAGCAAGAGUAUGCGAAGAGUAGUUAGGGUUGCCACCUUUCUUGGAGGAAAAUAUACCAGCCUUAUUCUUUUGUAUAAUUAGCUAUGUGUGACAUCACAUGAUGUAAAUCACAAGGAAUGACAUAAGAGAAAAUUCUGUAAAAUCACCAGCAGAUAUGCAGUUUGGGUUAUUCUUUCAUUUAUUUUAUUCUUAAUUCACUUAACACUUCAGGUCACUAUGGGAACACUAGGUGUUUAAUUUUUGUUUCACCUAUGUUUUUUUUUUGUCCAAACAGCACUGAUGGACGCUAUUUAGAAGGGUUACUACUAUAGGCAGGCUGAUUGAUGCUAUUCUUCACUAUUUGUACUUAGGGACAGCAUAGAACACCCUUGAAGGUGGUUUUUUAGGAGUUGCAGGGAAUAUAUUUAGUUUCUUCCACUCCUUCCCUAUUGCUGUUCAAUUUACACAUUUUUUUUCUGACUUAGUAGGGAUAGUUUAGUACACCCUUGAAGGUGUUCUCUAUAGGUUAUUUAGGGUGUACGUUUUACACUGUAGUAAUCUAAGUGUACCACCUAUAUUUUGGUGGAUUCUUUAUUCGCCUUGCUCCCUAGAGAAUCAAUCAUAACCAAUUAAGCCUUAGUAUCUACCCCUCUUGAUAUAUUGUAUAUUUUUCCCCUGGUACUCCAUUGAUGGCAAUUUUUAUUAUUCUUUGUUUUCUGGAACAUAAAGUAUUUUGAUUUUAAUUUAAUAUCCUAUAUUUGGAGAUGCCCAUUGGAAGAACUUUGAUACUCCAUUGGUUCAUUUGUUGUGCCACAAGUAUUCAGUGCUGUUGGUUUAGUUACCAUUGUAUGUAUUAAGCUUUUCACUGUUUAUUGUAUCAAAACCAGCUUCUGAGCCUCAUUUUUAUGAGUCUCUAAUAUAGUUACUUUACUUCGGGUACAAGCCCUAUCUGGUGGAACUGGAACCACCAAACUGACCUUUGUGUGCCACACACUCUCAUAUCUUGAUGAGGUGCUUGACACACUUCCUCUAUUUUAUGAUACGCAGUUUGAUUCUGCCGUAUAGAUGGAUUGCUCCCAGUGUCACACAUGUGACCUGUCAUUAUUCCCUUUUAUUCCAGAAGUUUGGUCCUUAAGGGGUUAAAAUGGGCCUGGAGCUGCAGCUCCAUCAGCCCCUAUGUUAAUCCAGCCCUGUGUACAUUUAAUAUAAAAUAUGCUAGAAGAAUGUAAAUUUACUACAAUAGUUAUAACUAUACAAAACUACAACAUAUUCCUUACAAAAGCUCAGAUUCUAAAUUUAACAAUCUAUUCAUAUUACUUACAAGACCCCAGCCCUUUGGCAUGACAGUAUUUUUCCUACACUUGACUUUCUUUGACCAAAGGAGGAGCUUAAGUUAGAUCCAUUUCUUGUGCCAAUGAGAAGGAUUAGCAUUUUCAGACACAGGAAAUGGAGCUGACUUAAGUUCCUUUUCUGGUCAAAGAAGAUCAAGCCUAGGAAAAAUGCACAAGACAAAGGAGUCCCUACUUCAUCUUAUGAUUUAUUAUUUUUAUUUAUUUUUUAAAGAAAACUAGAUCAGAUUGGGGGGGAAAAAAACAGAUCCGGAAAGAGAAACCAUAGGAGAAAGAUCUGUUUGAUGUGAACGUGCCACUUUAAGUCAGAGCUGGUACUACAUCCUCAUGGGUAGUCAUAAGAGCAGAGGCUGAAAAGCUUACAUCUAGUUUUUAUUCCUAGAGUAGACUAGCCUGUAAUAUCACUGCCAGAAUCACAUGGCUUAAGGAAUCCUACACACUGCCCCUAGUGGUGGCUCUAAAGCAUGCUUUAUUUUGUCAUACCUUCUGUGAUGAAUUUAUAUCUGAAAGCUGCAGACCACAUGCCGGCACUCAUUGCAAGCACCAUUCCUUGUAACCCAACCCAGACUUUCUAUGUCUACCAAAUCAUACUUUCCAAGGCAGGUACUCUGGGCAACUGACUGCCUCUUGUCUAGCUCCACUGAACGAAACAACGAGUAAGAAAUACUCACUGGCACAAGGACCAACAUUUUGGAUGCUAACUCAAUGGUUGCAUAAUCCUACUGGAUUGCUACUAUUCUUAUCCAUGGAUAAAGCAAACCGAUGUAAAAACAUCACAAAGCGACAUACAAGUAGUCUAAAUCCACAACAUCUGGAGUGCUGAAGGUUGCCUAACCUUGAUUUUCAUCUAUCAUAAUGUUGGCAAAGCAUCGAGAGAUGUAGUCCACAACUUGUUUAAAAUGUAAAUCUACAGAAACCCAGAGAGACCAUGUAUUUUAUUUUUAUUUUUGGCUUGUUUGAGUUCAGUUGACAAACUAUUAAACACAUGGCAUCUCUGGGCUGCCAAGGAUUCACACUUCAAACAGGUCAUGAAUUAAAGCUCCCAUGAUUCUUUACCUGCAUUAAGGGAAAUAUUGUUGAAGAGCUAGAGUGUAGAUUGCCCUAGAUAUCAGGUUGUCUUAAUUUAGAGACCUGUAUUGUUUUAGCCUGUAUAAACUCUGCCUCACAAACUUGCUCAUUGAGUGGUAACCAUGUAUAUAGGACUUCAGGAUGUCGGGUUUCAUGGAAAGCAGUCGAAUGCCCAAGGACAUCAUAGCCUGGUUCGUGGAUGGUCUCCUUACAGGAACACCUGGGAUGAGCAGCUUUAUCCUGCCUGGAAAGCUGGAGAUGCCAGAUGGGAAAACUGCUGGAGAGGUAAACCAGCCUUAUACUGACCCAUCUAUUGAUAAUCGUAGUAAAUGGCUAGUUGGUCCAGUCAAAGGGAUCACUCACUCACUCACAAACUGCCAACAGAUCAACCCCACAAGAGUCAAUGAAUCUAGUAAGAGGAAAGUUAUUUUAGAAAUACACCUGAUGUAAUCCAUGGCAUGCCCUCUACACUCUGCGCAAAAUGAUCAGUGGCUUGUGGUUCUCAGGGGCAACUGUAAAGCAUAUUUUUUUUUUUCUCAAGCUGUCCAUAGUUGAUGGGUUUUUUAUUCUCAUUUUUCUGAUGGGUUUUUUACCAUAGACUUUACAAACUUCUUUUUAGGGCUACUUCCUAAUUGGAGCAUGUCUAAGAUUCUUACAAUGUGACUUUCUUCUGUAGGUGGCAAGGUGGAGGCUCUCUUGACCAGUGACAGCCCAGCGCUGAUAGGGUCAAACAUUACCUUUGCUGUGACUCUGCGGUUUCCCAGAUGCCAAAAAGAGAAUGAUGAUGGUGACAUAGUGUAUGAUAGAAAAUGUAGAAAUGGUACGUAGGGUUUAGCAUAGGAGUGUUUUAAUAAGGUGGCUUGUAUCACUAUUUGUAUCUUUAACAUCCUUUAUAUAUUAGACUCUUUUAGCUACCAAGAUCAGUAUGUUUACAACUGGACCAAAUGGGUAGAUGACUGCAAUGAAGGAAACUGCACCUUCAUCAAUAAGUUUCCUGAUGGACGCCCUUUCCCUCCUCACCCUGACUGGAGGAGGAGGAACUUUGUGUAUAUCUUCCAGACCCUGGGUAAGGCCUAAUGUAGACAUAAUGCUUCUCUUUGCGUUACCUACUAGUGUUGGUGGUAAUGUAGUAUGGGGUUAAGGGUAGGACAUGUCACUGUGACUAGCUCGCUCUGUAGAACAAGGUGGCAGCUAUUUCAACUAACAUAACGGCAGCCUGUAAGCUCUUGCAGACUGGGACACAAUGUGCUGCUCAGCCUGGGUAGUGAGCCCCCAGACUACAGAUGUAAUCUAUGCAUUACUAGUUCAGUCAGCUCCUGUAAUGGAGUAGUACAGGAUUCAAAAACCUGAUUUGUCCAUUAAAGUUAGGGGUAGAUCAUAUAUAUGUAUUGCCAUGCACACAAACACGUUAUAUUGCUAAUAUGAAAAAUUAAAAGGAAUGUGGAUCAAGGACAAGUCUGAGAUGCACGUUAAAGAGUCCUCAGUUAUACAGGAAUUAAAAACACUUAUUUGUAAACAUUAAAGAUACGAAAGAUAAAAAAUUACACUCCACGUCUAAAUUGAGGAGAGCAAUGAGGUUUGGUUACUCUGGGGGGUGAGGAGGGGAGGAUAUAGAUAUCCAAAUAUAAAGCUUAAAUAAUGGAUAUUGUAAGAGUAGAAUAUAACCUCUAGAGUAAGUGGCUAUAUAGGUAGAAAUUAACUCAUAUAUGCUUGCGAUGGGUUAUUCCCACAGUGGUAAAUUGUAGAUCUACCCACUAAGCACAGAACACAAUCUGCUAUAUUCGAUAUAUACUGUGGAUUGCUGAGGAUUAUCACAGUGGUAUCCACGAACCAGCGGGAGAGCCCUCAGGCGCUAUGAGAGAACGACACAAGACUUGUCAACCUAUCAGAUAUCACUCUCACCAGAACAGUGAGGUACUUAUGAAGGGCUUGUCACUUGUCCCAACUCCUCUGUCCAGCCACUCUGAAUGGAUAAAAGACCUUUAAUCUUCUUGGGAUAAGGCUCGCUCUCCAUGAGUUAUUUAAGGUAAGAGAUGAGAAAAAGGCAAAGGAAUUGGGUUUUGAUGAAGAAUAUCAAUGUCUUCAAGAUCUUGUGUCCCACCUGGAGAGUAAUGAUAAUUGCUCCCCCAUACCAUACACAGACCUGUCCUAAAAGCAGGUUUACCCCUAAUUUCCAUGAUAAAAAAAAAAAAAUUGAUAUGUUCAUGGAAUCAACCACUAAAACAAUCAAGACACUUACAGUGACACCUAGGGAUAACCUAACAAAUGGAAGGCUCUGUGUGACCUAAGAAAUAACUAGCAAGUUACUAUCAAAUCAGCAGACAAAGGCAGCAACAUUGUCUUAAUGAACAGACAUUAUGUCCAGAUGGCAGAGUUAAUACUCAGUGAUACAAAUACAUUUACAAUACUCCCUUCUGACCCCUCGCCCAAAUUUAUGCUGGCAUUUAAAUCCCUGUUGGAUAAGGCAUAUAAUCAGGGGUUACUUACCAAAGAGGAAUAUGGUAGCAUUUUUGUCAGAAAUCCCACAAUUUCCUCUUUUAUUGUCUCCACAAAGUACAUAAGCAAUACAAGACACUCGCAGCUAGGCAGAUGGUAUCCGGGUCUAAUAAUUUUAUAAGCAGGGGGAGCAUCUAUGUAUACAAGAUUCUAUGUCCAUACAUGGAAAAACUACCCUCUUACUUUAGAUACCCUGGAAUGCAUUAAAAGUACCACAGGGGGCUAUACUCUGUAGCCUUGAUGUUGAGGCUCUACACCCCAUUCCAUCGGCAUAGAUCAUGUGGGAUCUUUUCUGGAGGCAAGGGGAUCAGAACAUCUCUGCCAUAUGUCCUUUGUUCUUGAGUUAUUACGUCUCAUCCUAAAUUUUUUUUCUCUACAGUAAGUUUUAUCACCAGGUGCAGGGGACAACUAUGGGGAUAAUUGAAAUAAAUAGUACUACCUAGUUAGAAACCCCAACUUGGAGUACCAAAGAGUGGGUGAAUGAGGUGGCAAAAGGGCAUAACCCUAUAGUGGAUACAAAAAAAAAGAGCAAAAGUGGAGGAUAGAUCGCCUCGUGAAAAGACCGGGCUGAUCACCUCCACGCCACCUCAAAACAGCGUCUCAAAAAUAAUAAACAAAUUUAUUGAAAAAGUCUUAAUAAAAUCAAGGGGAAAAACACAUCUAUCCCUAGAUGGAAUAAAUAACUAGAGCCCAAUAUAUACAGAGUAUGGCUAGUAUAUAAACAUGUAAAUAUAUUGUGGUAUAGCAAGUACCUAUAGAUAGUGUAAUACACAUAAAUAUACAGAAAAGCCAUAGACUGUACAUAGCAAGCUCAAUAUAGAAUAGGGCUAAAUUAUAGAUGCAAUAUUAUAAUCAAUAUCUAUGCACAAGAGUGAAAAAUGUAGUAAUACAUAUAUAAAGAGCCAUAAAUUCUGUACUAAAAAACUAAUUGCUGCAGAGUGUGGCUAGAUAGACCAUAUCAGAAUGUGGCAAAAUCGUAGUAUAGUGAGACAAUAAGUCGCAGUAAAAAGCCACAAUAAUAGCCAUACACUCUGCUACUGUACCUACAGGGUAAAUUUGAAAUCGAAAGGAUAGAGGAGGGCAUAAAUAGAAGAGGGAAAAUACAGCAGAAAGACCUGAUAGUAAAUCUACAUAAGGUCUAAAUAUCUAAACCCGAUAAACAGCCCACCUAUCACUAAAUAAGGUGACCAGAGCUAUAAACACGCUCAGUGUCACUAAACCAUACUGUAGGAGACAAAGAAAAAACAAAAUAAACUAAAUUAAAUAAAGUAACCCAUAGCCCAACGCGCGUUUCGGUGGAUUAACCACCUUUCUCAAGGGCACAAAGUAAAGUAAAGCAAACGGAACAAACCCCCCCUUACUCCAUUAAAAGCGUUAGUAAUACCUCACCUAAUUCGUCCGUGUGUCUCAAAGGAGGAGGGACAAAACAGUAGCCACUCCUGUCGGAAGUCCGUGCGCAUAUCUAUCCACGCGCAGGCGCGCCGACUUGGUGUCAGGCUAGCUGUCAAGUAAAACUGCGCAUGGCAAAACGCGCAUGCGCACAGCAUGAGACCCGUUACCAGGGUAUCCGUCCGUGCGCAUGCGCGAAUAUGUACACCGUGAACACGGCGUACAUAAUGUAAUACAUAUGCCGGUAACAAGUCCCAAAAGAGAAAAGUGCUACAUUAGUUGCACAUAGUAGUGUUCAAAGAUAAGGAGUAGGAAGGGUAGAGAAUUUGGAAUAUAUAUAGUUAGAUAGAUAAACAAAUCAAAACAUCAAAGAGAAGAAAUGUUGCGUUCCCAUCAUAUUUACAAUAAAUCAAAAACAUACAUUAUAUAGAGACAAAAGAGUGGUAUUUUAAAUACAAAUAACUAAUGAAAUAAUAAGCAUAUAUACACAACUCUAUUCCUUAUCCAGUAAAGAAUAGACAGCAGAAUCCCUAUCAACCUAUAGAUAUUCCUAUGUAUAGUCUACAAAUAUAUUGGAUUGGUGCAGGGAAAUGUAUAAGUAUAUAUACAUAAAGAAAAUACAAACAUGUAUAAAGAGAGAACGAUUAUAUACAGUAUAUUUUUCCCAAAGGAGGCAUUCCGUGAGCAGCGGAUCAUAUGAAAGGGGCAAAAGAAAAGCCCUCAUUAAGACCUAGAGGUUGGAGUGUCUUAAGUAGGUAUAUCCAUCUUGACUCUCUCUGUCUUAAUAAUUUGUCAUAAUCACCAUGUCUCAGAGUCCACUUAACCAGCUCCAAACCACAAAACUUAAGAUUAUUAGAGUCCCCCUGAUGAUGGUCUUUGAGAUGUCUCGAGGCGAUUUCUAGGAGAUCUUACGUGCUCCAUAAUCCUGUCUUUAAAGGCCCUGAAGGCUUUCCCCACAUAUUUCUGUCCACAUGUGCAGGAUAGUAGAUAUACAAGGCCCUUCGUGUUAGUUAAAGAAGCUUUUGACUUGGAAAGAACUGCACCCUUGACUGUCAUUAACGGUCUUAGAGUCCCUAAGAAUAAAUUUACAGGCUAUGCAUCUACCACACCCAUAUGAACCAGUUGGAGGGGUACCAAGCCAAGUGGCACGUUGUUGUGGUUUCAUGGAGAAAUGGCUAGGGACCAGUAUAUCACGAAUGUUCCGUCCGCGUCUGGCGGUAAUAUUAACAUGUGAGCUUAAAGUAUCCUUAAGAUGCACAUCAUUGAGCAGGAUGGGCCAGAACCGUUCAAGUGAUUUCCGAACUUCUGGCCAUCCCACAUCAAAUGUUGCUAUCAUGCGAAUAUUUCCAAUGUCCUGAUUACUGUCCUUAUUUGGACGGUCACAUAGUAACUCGUUCCUCUCUGUCUGGAGUGCUCUCUUAUAUGCCCUUUUUAGACAACGGUUCGGGUAGCCUUUCUCCUUGAAGUGUUGCCGGAGUUGUUUCGCCUUAAUUAUAAAGUCCUGGGUGUCACUACAAUUUCUCGGGAGGCGAAGGUAUUGGCCUACCGGUAUGCCCUGUUUGAGGGGACGCGGAUGAUGGCUGGUCCAGUGUAGAAGGGAAUUAGUUGCUGUAGGUUUACGGAACAGCGUAGAGUGGAAUGUACCAUCUUCACUGAUGCUAAUGGUGACCUCAAGAAAAUUUUAUAGAGCGUCCUCCGAAUUCAGAUGUGAAUCGGAGGUUUUCCUCAUUUUGAUUGAAAAGUGUCACCAUAUCCUGGAAAUCCCCAGGGGUACCUUGCCAGACGAUCAAAAUAUCGUCAAUAUAACUACCCCACCACAGGACCUUAGAUAGAUGUUCACUUAACUUAUCUGAGUGACGUACCUGUUCUUCCCACCAUUCCAGGUGGAGGUUUGCAUAUGAGGGGGCACAAGCCGUCCCCAUAGCAGUACCCCUCACCUGGUGGUAAAACCGGUUAUUAAACAGGAAAUAAUUAUGUGAUAAGAUAAACUUGAGAAGGCGUAAGAGGAAAAUCGUAUAGGGAUCAUCCCUUGGGACUCUUUGAGUAAGAAAAAAAACUCACAUGUUCAAUACCUCUGUCAUGAGGUAUAGAUGAGUAUAAGGAUUCAACGUCCAGACUGCAUAAUUGAGCGGUGGAGGAAACCUUACGGUUAGCCAAUUUAAGUGCCUGUUUGGUGUCCCUAAUGUAUGAAGGUAAAGUUUCGACAAAGGGUCUUAAGACUUUAUCAAUAUACAGACUACCAUUUUGGGUAAGAUUUAUCCACACCAGAAACUAUAGGGCGCCCCGGGGGGGUCUCUAGAUUCUUAUGGAUCUUUGGCAGGCAGUAGAAGGUUGCUAUCUUAGGAUGACGAGUGAGAAUAAAGUCAAACUCGUCACCCGACAGCAACCCCCCACUGCGGCCCUCAUCCAAGAUCUCUCUGUACAUAGAGAGAAAGGCAUUAGUGGGAUCUUGCUUAAGGACUAUAUAUGUCUCAGUGUCUUUUAGAACUUGUUCCGCCAUUUCAAGGUACUUUUCCACAUCCAUCACAACGAUAUUUCCCCCCUUAUCGGCGGGUUUGAUGAUAAUAUCACUAUCAUCUUGUAAAGUUUUUAAAGCACGUUGUUCCCGUCUUAGGAGAUUAUCACGUGAAUGUAUGCGGAGAGAUUUAAGGUAAAUUUUUUUCUAUUUCUGUUUUAGCUGCUUCCAAGAAAAGCUCAAUAUUCCUAUAGCUUGAAAAAUUUGGUGUGAAGCGACUCUUAGAUUUUAAACCUGUGCGAUUUGGUAUAAUAUUAGUCAUUUUCAUCCAAUAAAGCUAGCAGGUUAGUGAGACAUUGAAAAUCACUUGAUGCAAGUCCCAGAUCUUUUGCCUUUCUUUCGUUUUGUAUAGAGUGAAAUUUAUAUAAUGCCAGUUUCCUCACAAAGAGAUUGAGAUCACUUAUCCACCCAAUUGUCAAAUUGGACAACUAUGGGGACUCCAUGUGCCCCAGCUUACGCCAACCUGCACCUUGGUUGGUGGGAAAGGGAUGUUGUCCACUCAGAUCACCAAAAGUUAUGCAUGGACCACGUCUUUCUAUGGAAACCUAUGUUCUCAUUAUCUGGACAGGCACGAAGGUGCGUGGUUUUUCUGAGUUGGUGGAGGCCCUUAAUGUAAAUGACCUCAAUUUAAAACUGACCAUGGAGAUGGGAACACCAUCACUUAACUUUCUUAAUUGCACAUUUGAUAUCUGGCUUUUUUUUUUAACGUAUAAAUACCACCUUGUACCGCAAACCAACCUCAACGAAAAACAUGCUGAGAUGGAAAAGCUAUCAUCCGACUCCUCUCCAGAGGGCAUCCCAGUAGGACAGUAUUUGAGGUUAUGGAGAAACCUCCUUGGAGGAUUUCCAACUAAGGCAAAGAUUUGAGGAUAGGGGGUACCCAAAUAGGUGCCUUAAACAAGAAUACCAAAGGGCCCUUCUAUGUGAUCGUGAUGCCCUGUUAAUUAAGUGAAACACAAUGCCCAACGAAGAUAAUCAGAUGUAUCGCAAACUUUUGAUGCUAGUUGGGAAAUGGCAAAAAGGAUGCUGGGAAAGUUCUGGCCACUCUUGACACAAGACCCACAUUUGAAAGGCAUAAUUUCCCCACGGGUCUCUAUCACCGCCAGAAGGGGGAAAAAAAUCUAAAGGAGAUCCUGGUACCUAGCUAUUUUUCAAUAUCUAAUCCUAGAAGAAAGAGCUGAAUUACAGUACAGGGCACAUAUCAAUGUGGACAAUGUGUAACCUGUCGGUAUAUGGCAAAAGGGUCCAAGAUCUUAACCGACUCUGGAAUCUUGACAGUACCAGAAAAUAGUUUUUCAACUGCAACACAUCUGGAGUAGUCUACCUUCUGACUUGUAAAUGCGGCAUGUUGUAUGUGGGGAAGACCAUACACCCUCUAAAGAGACGAGUAAUGGAACACAUCCACCCCUUGUCACCCCUUCAGCAACCGGGGAUUGGGGGGUGGGAGAAGAGGGGACCUGCAGCACUGGAGUUUCCCUUUAAGGUUGUGUGUGGUGUGUUUUUUGACUGGCAAUUAGGAAAUAGUAGGAAUGCUGCUGAGGACAGCACCUGACAGAUGGGGUUCCGUGCUCUGUAGCAAACUGUAUACUUUUCCUUUUGGAUACACUGUAUCAACAUUCAUAUGUACCUACUAGGAACAAGCUAUCAAACCCAUAGCUGACAGGCAACAAUGGAAACAAUAGGGUUUCUGCUGAGGAUUUUAUCUAACUAGGCAGAUUAUGUUCUGUGCUUAGUGGGUAGACCUACAAUUUACCACCAUGGUAAUAACCCAUCGCAUGCAUAUAUGGGUUAAUUUCUACCUAUAUAACUUACUCUAGAGGGUAUAUUCUACUCUUACAAUAUCCAUUAUUUAAGCUUUAUAUUUGGAUAUCUAUAUCCUCCACUCACAGAUUAACCGACCCUCAAUUUAGACAUGGAGUGUGUGUGGUAGUAAAAAAAAAAAAAAAAUUUCGUAUCUUUUAGGUUUACAAAUAAGUGUCUAAUUCCUGUAUAACUCUGAGUACUCUAACGUGCAUCUCAGACUUCUUUGUCCUUGAUCCAUUCCUUUUUCUUUUGUUCUAAUUGGGGUUACCCCCUGUCUAGAUAUCCUCAGGACACACUAGAACUCCCUCCCCCCUUAGCUAGAGGUAUAUUUCAUUUUGUAAUAUGAAAAAUUUAAAGACUCAAUCAGAACAUUAUCUGUCAUGACUGUGUGGGGUGUGUUUUUUGUUGUGGUGUGUGGUUUUUUUUUUUGUCCCCCUUUUACCCACCCCACAAACCUUCAAUUUACAAAUGUCUAAAUCUUGGUUGGCAACCCUCCCCCUUCCUUAAUCUUAACUGCUGUUCAAUUCAUUCUUACCCAUUGCCUAACUUCACAGAUCAGUUCUAUUCAUUGACUGGGAGAUCGUCUGCAGUCCUAUCCAUCAAUACAACAAAUAUCACCGCUGGCACACAGAUGAUGGAAGUGUCUGUGUAUAGAAGGGAUCACAGACGGCAUUAUCCAGUUGCUAAAGCAAGUGCAAUGUACAUUGUGACAGGUAACUACUAAGCUGAUCUUGGUGAUCCUAGGUUACAUGUUCUGGUAUUGUCUCUGGUCUAGAAAUGUAUUCCAAUAACUAGUAGUGUGACUGACUGUGCUAGUUUAGAACUUGCAGCAGUAACCUGUUUGUCUUUACCACUAAUCCAAAGGCCCAAACUCUGCCCCGAAUUGUCACUGCAUCCUCCUAAAUGUCUUGUGUCUUAGGAGUUCUACCUGUUGUGAAUUAAAAAAAUAAUCCAUAUUCUGUCAAUCCUAGCUUAAUUGUAUGCAUUAUUUUAAUGUAAAUAUCCUUUCCUUUUUAGAACAAAUCCCUCUUUAUGUGAACAUUUCCCAGAAGAAUGAUCGCAAUUCCUCAGACAAGAUCUUUAUUAAGGAUUCUCCUAUAACAUUUGAUGUCAAGCUUCAUGAUCCAAGUCACUACCUUGCCAAAGCAGCUGUGUCCUUCAACUGGACAUUCGGGGAUGGAAGUGGGUCCUUUGUUUCCAAUAAUCCCCUUUCUAGUCACACUUAUACUCUGUUGGGAAACUUCAGCCUUAAUCUGACUGUGAAAGCUGCCAUUCCUGGACCCUGCAAACCAGUUACACCCACUACUUUCAUCCCUACAACCUAUACUUCUUCUACUACCACAGCUCCAGUGACCAGCAAUAGCACAGGUACAGAACAGAAAUAUUUGUCUGUUUUGUAUUAAUGGCAAUCAAGCUUAUGUUACAAGGGCUGAAAUCCAUAUUACUUGAAAUGUAUUAGAAUGUCAACUGACUCUUCUUUGAUGUUUACAUAUUUAUAAAGAUUCCCUUGUGCUGGACUACUUCUGUAGACCCCACUUUUGAUGGUUUGUCAUGCAAUAUACCAAACAUGUGACACAAAGUAAAAUUCUUCACUCCUCAACAGGCAACUCUACCGACCUUCCCUUCACUGAAACUGCAUUUGUGACAACUGAAGGUUCCAACGUUACUACUGCUCCUACUACUGAAACUACUACACACAUACAAACCACUCCAGCUGCUGGAUGUUUCAUUGAUCGUUAUGGCUAUUACAAAGCAAACAUUAGAAUUGUGGGUAAGUAAAUGGUUAAUUUUUUUUUUUUUUAAAUUGUCGUUCUGUUGAUCAGUCAUGACCUUAGACAUUUUACAUCCCUAUUUAAUAGGGACACUGGUGUCUGGAUUUGUAAUGUUCCUUACCGGUUUUGGUAUAAAUGAUGACUUGCAACAGUAAGCAUUAAUGCUGAAGUUAAAAUGCUGUUGCAGCACUGGCUCGAGCUCUGCCUCCACACCUCAUCAGCUGGUGGGGGAGACCUAAUACGCAUGCAUGACAAUGGCUGCGCUCGCAUUCUCUCCAUAGGAAAGAAUGUAAAACGUGUGGUGUGGUUUGUUUUUGAUGCUGGAUGCCGUCAUGCAUAGCAUGAGGAUGUCCAGCAUCAGCUAGGUGACCAAAAGUUGUAGCAUAACCUGACCAUCCCUCUAGUGAUGUCUGGUAGACAGCCACUGUAGGUUGAGUUAAGCCUCAAAGGUAAUCAUUGCAGUUUCUCAAGACCUGCAGUAAUUGCCGAUGUGGGACUAUUCACCCAGACCAAUGAGCUGAAGUGAUCUGGGUGCCUAGUGUCCUCUAAGUGAGCAAAGUGCUAAGACAAAUCUCUUGUGAAUUCUGAGGAAAGUGCUGCUUUCACAUCCUCUAUGUGAGUGGAGUUUAAGAUGAUUCAGGAAGUCUGUUGUGAGUUAAUGUCGUUGGUUGGGGUGUAGUUGUAUAAACUCUCAAUAUAUUGAGAAAAACUCUCCAAUUUUGCCAGAAACUCUGAUUAGACCUUCUGGGGUACAAAAUUUUAUAUAUAUAUUCAGCUUUAUUUUCCUAUUCGUAAAGAAGCUGUGUCUGCAUACUAGAAAAAUAUAAUUGCAUAAAACCUUAUUUUGCAGAUGGUAUUGUGGAGGUGAAUAUUGUCGAAAUGACAAAUGUGUCUCCAUCUGAAGCUCAAAAGUCUUCUAUAGACUUUGUAGUGGCUUGCCAAGGAAGGUAAUGUUGAAAUGAACUGAUGUAUAUGGGGAGAGGGUUGGUCUUAAAAUCUGAAGCUGUAACGCCUAUUUGCCCCAAUAGUAUACCCACGGAUGCCUGCACCAUAAUCUCGGACUCCACAUGCACAAUUCCACAAAACGAAGUCUGUGAUGAGGUAGUGACUACUGAUGAAUGUUUGGUGACUCUAAGAAGAGCCUUUACGGGACCAGGAACCUAUUGUGUGAAUAUUACACUGGGUGAUGAUGCAAGCCUGGCUCUUGCAAGUACCCUUGUUUCUGUGAGUGAAGGUGAGUAAAGCCACUUGGUGCACAUGAAUGUGAGGACUUUCAGAUGCAGAACUGAAAAUGGUUGGUUGGCCUGAGACCUUUCCUAGUUUUGCGGUCUAGGAUAUGGACUCUUGUGCUCUAGGGUUGAGUUGGUGAAUGUAGAUCAUUCAGAGCAGUUGCCAACUAAACCUAAUGUAACUUGGUGUACACUCUGCAUUAAAUAUGCAUUACUGUGGUGUAGUUGCCUAGACCCCAGAUAUUAUGGCAAAAGAUCUCAAAUGGGUACACUCAAAACACUAGAGGUGAUUCUCAAACAAAUCCUUGCAUCACACAAUGGUCCAUAUCGUAACCCUUUAGCAUAUCAAAUUGGAGAGCUUACUUUUAAACUAACCACACCAUGUAUUCCUAAUUUUUAGCAGUCGGCACACCUGUGCCAGUAAAAGAAAUCCUUAUUUACCUGGGCUUGGUGGCUGUUAUUAUUGUAGCUGUUGGUGUCCUCUUGUCCAAGUAAGUAGUGGAACCUGUGUCUGCAUAACAUAACUCUAAAACUGUAGUGUUAAUCUACUAGUGUCUUAUGACACAUAGAAGAAUCAGUCCUUCUAAUACAUUUUAUUUAUUUUUUACACAGGAAAUGUAAAGGCUACAAUUGCAAUGGUAAGCUGUAUCAAGACAUUACCAAUGAAGGAUUAAAUGUGACUUACAAUCAAAUAAAAUUGAGUCUUUUAAAAAAUGAUGAGCACCACCCCCUUCUGAAGAACAAGGCUGGUGUCAUAUAAUCUGUAAUGGGUAGAAUGAUGGUCUGUAUAUGGCGUUCUUAAAUAAAUUGCUUUAAUUCCUACUGUGGAUAAUUCUCUAACCUUGACUAACUUUACUACUGAUAUUCAGUGGUUAAUUGUCACAUUCGAGAUGUUCUUAGAUUGACUUGAUGGUGAACCCUGCUCAGUUCCUGUAGAAAACAUGGCUCCUAAAAUGAUGCUGUAGAGUUUUCUGCAUAGUCCACUUCUAGGGAUACACAUGUUUUCCAUUUGAACAAAGCCCCACUAUGACCUCGUCAGGUAAAGCUUAUUCCUACCUUGUUAGGCUGGCAUAGUAAUGGUUUGCAGCUACAUCUUUUCUACCAGAACUUUGUUUUGUACUGCUAAGUGGUCACCAGACUGCAACUAGAAUGUUUUAUACAUAAUGGACCUUAAAGCGUCAUGCCAAACUUACCUUUCCUCAAUCUCUUCCUCUUCUCCCCCUCUCUCAGGAUGUUGUUCUUUUCUUCCUGUCUUCUUUAGUUUUCUUUAAAGGACCACUCUAGGCACCCAGACCACUUCAGCUUAAUGAAGUGGUCUGGGUGCCUGGUCCAGCUAGGGUUAACCCAUUUUUUUUCAUAAACAUAGCAGUUUCAGAGAAACUGCUAUGUUUAUGAAUGGGUUAAGCCUUCCCCCUAAUCCUCUCGUGGCUGUCUCAUUGACAGCCACUAGAGGCGCUUGCGUGCUUCUCACUGUGAUUUUCAGUGAGAGCACGCAAGCGUCCAUAGGAAAGGAUUAUGAAUGCUUUCCUAUGUGACCGGCUGAAUGCGCGCAGCUCUUGCCGCGCGUACGCAUUCAGCCGACGGGGAGGAGGAGAGCUCUCCGCCCAGCGCUGGAAAAAGGGAAGUUUUUGCCCCUUACAGAGUUGGGCGGGAGGGGGACCCUGAGGGUGGGGGCACCCUCAGGGCACUAUAGUGCCAGGAAAACGAGUGUUUUCCUGGCACUAUAGUGGUCCUUUAAAAUCAUAAGACAAAGUAGGGACUCUUUGCCUUAUGGAGGAUUCCUUCGCUUGACCAGCUCUGACCAGCAGAGGAGCAAAGUGUGCUUCAUUUCCGCUGGUCAGAGCAAUUUUCCCAUGUUCCUUACCUUUCCUCUGUGUUCCCGCGAUGCUUCCUGUCACGUUACACUAAACUGCCGAAUUGCGUUCUAACUGAAUGAGAACAGUAUGUUCGUUUCUUUUAGAACGCAAUUCGGCAUUUUAUUCGGAUCGGAAUUUCAUUCUAAUGAAUGAAACUCCGAUCCUAUUCAUUGCCGCGGCUGCAUCUUGCAGCCGCUUAGUAGAUAACUCCCUAAUUCCCACGGUAUCAGGGAGUUAUCUACUGAAAGACCUAAAUUGGAAUUUCAGCCACAUUUACUAAUGCUAAGUAAAGAUUACUUAGUAUUGGUAAAUUAAAUGCCCCUACUUGCUAUAUCGCGAGUAGGGGCAUGUGUAGUGAGCAGCUUAUAGCUGCUCACUGUAAAAAAAAUAAAAAUAAAAUAAAACUAAUAAUAACCCCCCCAUGCCCGUGGGGGCCCUAAAUAAAGAUAUGGGGGGAACUUCUGUCCCCCCCCCCCCCCACCCCUGCGCGGUGGGUGGGGGCCCUAAAUGAAACCCCAAUCAAGGUGACUAGGGGUCCCAAGCCCCUAGUCAACCCCCACCCAAAAGGCUUUAUAAGCCUUGACCCGCCCUGCGGAGCUCAGUCUGCGGCGUGCCCUCGAAGGGCAAACAUGGAUUAAUUUUUUUUAUUUUUUAGUGCGACGGUAUAAUGGAUUUUUAUUUGGCCUUUUUGGGGGCUGAAGAAAGAAGAUUUUAGAAAAAAGAAGACGUCAAAUGGUAAGUUUAAUUUUUUUUUUUUUACAGUUUAGUUAUUUUAUUCCCCCCUCACUAUUUUUAGGGUGAGGGGGGUAGGUAGGGGAUAGGUUUUUUUUUGGUGACUAGGGGCUUGGGACCCCUAGUUGAUUGGAGGGGGGGGGGUGUUUCAUUUAGGGCCCCCACCCACUCAGGGGUGGGGGCCGGGGGGGAGGACAGUAGGUCCCCCCCCCUCAUUAUCUUCAUGGCCCCCACCCGCCGCUCAGGGUGGGGAGGACAAUAGGUCCGCCCCCCCUUAUUGUAAUUUAUGUCUUUUUUUUUUCAACAGUGAGCAGCCACAGGCUGCUCACUGUUUAGUAGACAUGCCCCUACUCGCGGUAUAGCGAGUAGGGGCAUUUGGGAGAUUUUAAUCUCCCUUGUGCUAUUAUGGGGGUCAUAUUGACACCCAUAGAGUGAGAGGGGGACCUGGGCUGGGCUUAUGAAGUGGUGGGGAGCAAUGCUGUCCCAGUUCGUCCAAUGUCUGUAUGGCUGGACAGGGAUCAUGUCCUGUCCCAUCAGAUGAAUUGCCUCUGGUGAGGACAAGAGGAAGAUUAAGUGAUGCACACAGUUUAACUGCUCCUGCAUCUAGGCUACCAAUCAUAGGAGGUGAGUAUUGUGCAAAUACCUCCUUAAACACCCCUUGCUCAAUCUAAAUGUAACCCCCUCUUCGUACCCUUUCAUUAGUCCCUAAUUUAAGCACUCCAAGAUUAAUCCCAAUACUUAUAAACAAACCUAUUCCACAACUCUGAACACUUCUAAAGCUUUUAAUUCUAACAUUAAAUCCUCUUAAUUAAUCUGACAUUUUAGCACCUCUCAAACCUUUAAGGGACACCAUAUAGUCACCAGAACAGCUUAACCCCUUAAGGACACAUGAUGGAAAUAUUCCGUCAUGAUUCCCUUUUUAUUUCAAAAGUUGUCCUUAAGGGGUUAAUGUAGGUGUUUUAGUGAGUAGUUAGUCCCUGCAGGCUUUUGACAGUCACCAGGCUUUUUAGUGUGGUACACUACAGCCGAAGGACAGUCCCAUGGCCCCUGGAUGUGCUGCAGUGUGAGGCAGGACAUUCAGUGUCUCCACACUCUGCAUGGAGAUACUAGGGAUGCCUCUCUAGGAGGAGAUGCUGAUUGGCCAGGGUAACAAUCUCUGCCAAGGAGGUGGGCCAGACGUGAUCAGAACUAACGAUCUCAAACAAUUCAAUGCUUUACUAUGGGAAAGUGUUUUGCUUUGGUUAAGAUCCCUUCUGUGUCAGCCAAGGAGGCAGAUUGGGCGAAAGCCAGUGGACUGGAACAAAGCUAAUAUUUGACUAGAUUUAGUGUUUGUGUUCCUGACCCUAGUAUUCCUUUAAAAUUCCUCUAGCAAUGAUACAAUGGCUUUUUUUUUGUGUAACUGUUAAUGAGUUGGGUGAAUGUGUGGUAGUAAUAGGUAAAUAUAAUGGUUCCUGCAGCUAUACUAGACACAUGCAAUUCAUUUGUUCCAAAUAUAAUUUCGUAAGUACCAAACUGAUUGCUGAAGUGCUUUGGAUGCCUGAAAAGUGGCAAAACCAGAGACGGAGGGAAAACUAAGGCAAUGAUGAUCAGAAUCUAACCCUACCCCUAGUGGGUUAGCAAAGUGCCGAACCAAAUUUGUUUUUGCCCAUACACAUCCCGAGCGAGCACUAUAAAAGUUACCUUUCAAACAUUUGUCACAUGCAGAGUGGAUAUGCACCUGAAAUGAUCAGAAUUGAAUCAUUUUCAAAUGGUCUAUAUUUGUUCCCAUAACACUACACACCAGAGAACUGAACCACAUCUAUACUGUGCCCUAAUGCCAGAUAGCUGUGGCUACAACUGGCUCAUAAACCUACCUGCUUAUGAGGUCCAGAAAUGUACAAAAAGGGCGCAUGGCCUGGCUAUCCAGAUGGCCAGACGUAGUUUUGAGCAGCUCUUUGGCUUAACUAUGACAAGCAUGAUUUUUGUUACCCUGCAUGCAAAUUAAGCUGGGUGAUCUGCAUUUGCCCUAGACCCAUGUGACUUUUCAAAAACAACAAAGGGUGUGUAGAAUGAGAAACCAAACCCACCCACUAACGAUGCUGCACUCAAAGUUAGAAUGUCUUAAACAUCAAAAGAUAUGUUCAUACUGAAGUCAAGUAGUUAGUGGGGUAAAUUCUGAUGCUAGCCUUUCCCAAACAGAAAAUAUCUCACGGGACAAGUAUUGUAAUCCACACUACAAAUAAAAAUGAGGAAAGUACUGAAAGUGCAUUUAUUGAGAUUAAAAGUAGCAACAAUGUAUGGCAUUAAAUAGUCAUGGCAGUGUUCAAAAUCCUGACUAUGCAAACAGCAUAUAGUUGUUAGAGAUGAUAUAAGCUUCCAGGCAGAAGAAAUAUACUUGCACAAAUGGGAACACUUGACAAAAAAAAUAACGAAAGUAUUCAUGAAUCCUGAAUAUACAAGCAGGUGUGAUUAAUAGUGCAAAUGGCAUAUAUAGUCUUAUAGCAGUUUUUACAAAAGUAUUCUUUUAGGAUUCUGGUAUCUUUCUGUUCUCUCAAACGCCUAAUUAUUCCCACCAAUUUGUCAGUAUGUUUAUGUGAAAUCCCCAUAUAUAACUUCAAAUCUCCACUGUUGCUUGCUUUUAUAUGUAUGUAUGUAUAUAAAUUUAUUUUAUAAACUGCCAUGUGAUUUGCCUCAACUUUUCUGGGUUUUAUAUCUUCGUUUAGCCUUCUAUCGCUUUCAAUUCCCUCCACCAUGCAUAUAGUGCUUGUUUCACUUUUUCUAUAAUCUCUUACCUCUAGUCAUAUAUAUUCAAUAUGUCUUUCAUGUAAUUUUAAUGGCACUUAAAUUUAAUGUGGUUGACACGUUAUUUGUGUCUAUUUUACUUUUAUCGUGAUUAAUUCUGGAGCUCUAAGUUUUAAGAGAUUAGGUUCAUCUGUAUGUUUUUGUUUGUUUUUUUUAUCUAUACCCUAUUAGUAUAUUUGGCAUUACACCAGGACAAAGGCAUGGUAAAUGUUGGCACAUCGGUCUGUCAAUUUAUAGUAUACGGUUUCGAAUGUUUUGGUAAGCAAUCUUGUUCUUACCAAUUUUAAUUUCCUGGGUUUUGAACAGUUUAUAGUUAUGGGUUAAUUUUAUUUUAGUUUUUUUUAUUUAUUUUUUGUGGAUUCAGUUUGGGGCUAUUAUACAUUUAUUUGUCCCCAUGAUAUAAGGGAAUUCAUUUAAUCAAUCAGUGAAGUUGGGAACUACAUAAGUAGAAGUCAUCGUUGUGGAUCCAUUUACUGGCAUACACUCCUUCAUUCAUAUAGUUUACCCCUGGACUGAAUAUAUUAUUUUUAUCUGCUUUGGGUCUUAUUCCCUAAGCAGUGUUUUUGAUUUUUUUUUUUUUUUUUACGGAAUGCAAUUUGAUACUGGUAAAGACAAUUGGUGAAUAUUCAAUUCAUGCAGAUGGGAAUUAUUUGACUAUGAACCAAUAGAUGUAUUUAUCCAACUGGUGUUUGUACCUCUGUUAUAACAAUCUGUUUCAGUACUUCCUUCCUGUUCACCUUUUGCUUAUUACUUUUUAUUUUUAAUCUUAUUCUAUAAGUAGGGGUUUAUUUACCUUUUGGUUAGCAGUAGAAUCAGAGGCAUAACUAGAAAACACAGGGCCCCAGUGCGAAAAGUGGCCUGGGGCCCCUUAUGCAUCUUACCCUGACACUCCAUUUGUAUAACACACACACCAACAGAAAGACACACAUGCAGAUGCACAUACACUGAAUGACACUCAUACAGAUACAUAGGGGCACACACUGACACAUAUGCAGACGAACAGAUAUACAGACACACUUAAUGACAAACAUUCAGAUACACAUACAGACUCAGAUGCACGUGCACACACGUAAACAUAAACAAGUCACCCUUGUGUUUCCUACCUUUUUAGGUGCAGGAGGGUGAGCUCUGACUGGUCCAGGGGUUGUCUCAUGCUGAUGGGAGUCAGAGUUCCAACUCUGACUCCUUCCUCUCAUCCUUGGCAGUCUCCUCCUGCAUGGCGUUCUGUUAGCUGGGAGGAAAUGACUGCUUCCUCCCAGCUCUGCCAUCAUCACUGGAGCCCGGUCACAUUCUUAAAGUGCUGACCAGGCCCCAGGAAAUCCAUUGACAAGUGCAUAGGCCACCUGAUGGGCCCUACUACAAUCCCAGUGGGCAACCAGGACAUAGGGGUGGCAGGGCAACAGUGGUACUUCUGCCAGUGAGUAGAACCCUCAAUAUAUGUGACUUGAAUAAGAAAUAAUUACACUGUAAUUAAUUGUAUAAUAUAAGUUUAAUUUGUGGUUUGAAUAAUAAAACAUUGUACAGAAGCAAUUAAAUAAUGACCUAUUUAUUGGUACCCAAUUUGGACUUUGAGGUGUGUGGUUUGGUUUUGUUUUUUUUGUUGUUUUUUUUUGUCUAAGGAGUUUUUUUUUUUUUUUUUUAAUUUGCAACUUUAGGAGAAAGAUGACCGUUCACAGAUGAGGGUGGUCCGAAUUACAAGGAGCCUCACUUUGAGUGGACCCCUCCUAUAUAGCUCCAGAAUUUCUCAUGAUCGUUUAUGUUGAUAAAGCACCAGGUCGGUGUGAAAUGCAUCCAGGGUACUUGCAUUUUCUUUUUCGCGUGUAGGUGGUCUCUCCUCAGUCUGGCAGUAGCAGGUACUGCAACCACUUCGAUACUUCUAUCAUCAAGAGUUCGUAUUUUUGCAAGUAUAUUUCUUUUGCUUGGCAGCCUGUAUCAUCUUUUGACAACUAUAUG